CCUGCCGGCGGUGGCUUCCUGGCUGGCUGGCUAGCUGGCUCUGCAACUUCCAGCUGGAGCUGCCUGGCUGGGUCUCCGCCUCUGCCUCUGCUGCUGCUGCUGCUGCCGGCGCUGCUGCCGGCUGGGGGAAAAUGUCCGAGCGAGGCGGCUUCUACAAGCAGGAGCUGAACAAGACGGUGUGGGAGGUGCCCCAGCGCUACCAGCACCUGACCCCGGUGGGCUCGGGGGCGUACGGCUCCGUAUGGUAGGUGGAGGCUGCUCCGGAAAGGGGGGCUGCUUUGCUGCGCAUAAGCAGCAGCAGCAGAAGGUGUGCGGUGAGCCUCGGGCAAAAAGGCUCCGCUCCAGCCGUGCAAAAGGUUUUUCCCCUCGCCGGAGCUGCGGGAAGCAAACAAUGCCAGCCAGCAGCUGGGCGCUGGAGCCGCUAGGCCUGCCUGGUGCAUGGAGAGCCAGCGCGCACAAUGGGUGCGCCCAUAGACAAGGCGUCCCCGGGAUCUGCAUGCGUCCAGGGUUUUGUGUUUUGCUUUUUUUGCGGGGGGGGGGCGACACCUGCGCGGAUUGUACGCACAGGCAGGUUCUACGCAGCCGCCCUAGUUAAGCCCCCCCUCCCGGAUGUAUGGGCGAAAGCCAGCCACCCUAGGCUUGUAUACCCACCGGGUAGGUGGGUGCGGAGACCACCUGGGAUGUUAGGUACACGUACGGGAAGGUACGCUGGGAGGCAGGUGCGAUCCCGCCCCUGGUAGCUGCUUGGUUGGAAAGCAGGUGCACAGGUGAUGGAUUGACAUGUGUGCCUUAGUAGGCCAGGCGAAGGGGGUGGACGUUGGGUGUGCAUACAGGAAAAUGUGCAUAUGCAAUGUACAAACCGAUCAUAUUUCACCCAGGAUAAUAAUUUUGGGGUAGAGAACAAGAGAUUCAAGGUGGGUUAGGUGCUCUGAACAGGAGCGCGUCCAUAGGUGUGUACACACACACACACACACACACACAAACAAACACAAACACCUAUAUAGAAUAGUAAGAAAAUGCUUCUUUUUUGUCUUGCGUUUUGUGUGUGCAGAGCCAGAGUGUGUAUUUGCGGUCAGCUGCGUGCAAGGUGCAUAGUAUAACAAUAGGUAGGACCCCUUCCCAUGGAGUGCAUGUGUGCGUUGACCUAUAGCCCUGUGCUGUGUGUCACGGGUGGGGGUGGGCUGUGCUCAUUUUCCUGCCUUUUCCCUGCCCCCACCGGGAGUUCGGAGAACACACAGAGAGAGGCAAAGCUGAGCUGCGCUCUCACAAUGCCAUUCAGCCUGGAAUUCCUCGUGGGUUGCUACGGGUAACCCUGGGCCAUGCCAGCCAUUGAAAGAGGUUUCCCCAGACUAUUUUUAAGACCUCCUCCUCCACCUCCUCACCACCGAACUGCACUGCUGAAUGGGACUGUGGCAGGGCGGUGCUUUUAUUCGCACAGCAAUUGUGGUCAAGUCCUAAGUGUGCUUUUAGGAACUGGGAGCAGCGCAUGAAAAUACAGACUGAUUUCCCCUCCGGAUGAGUGAAAUAUUAGACCCGGUUCUCUGCCACCGCCUUUGAGUAGCUUUAAAAGCAUUGCAUGGCAGCUUAAGAUAACCUUCCUCUGAAACGGUGUUUCCCAAACUUGAGUCUCAAGCUGCUUUCAGACAACAGUUCCUAUCAUCCCUGACUACUGGCCCUGCUAGCUAUGGAUGAUGGGUGUUGUAGUCUGAAAACAGUUUGAGAAACUCUGAAAUAUUUUUAUCCUUUUUCCAGUCACUCAUGACAUUGCAUGCAACAUUGGGGGUGGGGGCUGGCCUUGUGUUGGCUCUGUUGUGCAAGCCAGAAGCAUUGAUUUAGCAAUAGUUAUGAUGUUAGCUGUCACUUGUUUAGGGCAUGGUCGGAAGCAACCAAAGGCAGCGUCUCUGGGCCUGGGUAAGUGAUCGGUACUCACCAUGAGUCCAUCUAUCUCAGUAUUGUCUUCACUGACUGGCAACAGUUAUCCAGGUUUCAGGCACGGUUCUCUCCCAAUUUUAUGUGGAGAUGCUGGGAAUUGAAGCUGUGAACUUCUGCAGCCAAGCUCUACCACUAAGCUAUGGCCCUUCCCUAAAAAAAGAAUCCUAUGUAUAGUCCACGGAGGAAAAGGAUGUGCGGAGGACAGAAAUGCAAUAAAGACAAGAAUAUAUAAAUACUGUCUUCUUUAGCGAUCACUCGUAGCCGAGUAAGAUUGCCUUCCAUAAACACGGUCUUAUCAAUGAGUCCAUAAGUGACUGUGGAGGCCAAUUCUGGAUCCACACAUCCUUCCACAGUGGGGACAUUGGUUUCCGGGCGGGAGUUGAUCAUGGUGUGGAUUUGCCAAGCGUGUCUUCCUCCUAGCAUGUUUCUUCCUUGCGUCCUGAGUUCAAGUGUCUUCAAAGCCCAUGAUACUUUUGGUAAAGGCUGUUCUCCAACUGGAGUGCUCACAGGGCAGUGUUUCCCAGUUGUCAGUGUUUAUACUACAUUUUUUUGGAUUUGCCUUGAGACAGUCUUUAAACCUCUUUAAACACUGUAAGGUUUUCAUCGCAAGCUCCUGCUUUUGUGUGGUCAGUAGAAAGCAGAGAAUGGGAGUGAAUUGACCGUUUCCAUAAUGGAGGGAAAUAAGCACUGGUGUUUCCCCAAAGAUGCAUUGGGACUGCUGCUGUUUUGCUUCUUCAUGAACCAUUUGGAGCAGUGAAGUGUGUGGAUGAUGCCAGUUCAUUCAUAAGGGUGAAACCCGAAGCUGUCUAUGGGGAAAACGGACAAAGGAUCUGUCCAAACUUUGCGGUUUGACAGCAAAAACGGCAAAGAGGAUAGUCAGGUAACAAAGGGCCCAAAACACUGAGUCAUAAACAAUUUGCAGCGUUACCUGUGCACCCUGACGGGGUCCUGUGAGUGUACAGGAAAUGUGCCUUGAGGUUGUGGUAAACACCUUGCCGGAGGCAUCAACUCAGCGUGCAGUGAUAGGAAAUACUCUUGCGUUUCAAAUUUCUUGGAAAGGCACUGAAAGUUAAGUGCCGGCCUCAUAAUGCUUUUAUGUAAGUCUUUGCUGCGGCCACAUUAGGAAUAUGUGAGCAGCGUAGGAGCAGGGCCGUCUUAAGCAUAUCUGGCGCCGUGGUGCAAAGAUCCCUCCACCACACACACACACACACACCCUGUUUCCCAGAGUUGUCAACCUUUUCCCAAGCCUCUGAGGGGAUCACUCUCCUCCCGCAGAGGCUUGGGAGGCAAGCUGGGAGGCCUGCACGGAAAGGGGAGGCCGCCAGCGAAGCCACACAGCUCCCCCAUUCACUGGGGCACCCUGAGAGGCCGGCACCCUGGCGCAAGACACCACUAAACCCAAUGGGAAAGACGGCUCUGCGUAGGAGCCAACUCCAGGGGGCUGUAGGUGCUUGGGCACCCACAAUAAUAUCAUUGGGGGGGCACACACAAAGUCAAAGAAAGGCAGGCAGCCUCUGCUGCGCUGCCUCUGAAAGAGAAGCCGUUCUGCUCUGCCCUCCUCGGCCAUCAAGCGAGUCACCCUUGUGGGGGGUGGCUUGGACAAGGAAACAGGGUCUCUCUGCCUCAGAGUUUAAGCCCCUCCCUGCCCCAAAAGUGGAAAGAAGCAGAAGCCCAGCAAAGAAGAAUGGAUACAAAACCAUAUGGAAUAUGCAGAAAUGGCGAAACUUGCCGGAAGAAUAAGAAAUCAAGAUAACAAACUUUUUAUAAAAGAAUGGAACUGGUUUAUUGAAUAUUUACAGAUAAAUUGCAAAGAGAUAAAAAACAUUUAGCAGGAUUCUUGUAAUAAACUGCAGUUUAACAAGAAUAUAUAUUUACAAUAGAUAAUUAAAUGAACAAGCUAAAUGAAUUUGGAUAUGCAGAAGAUAUUAAAAAACAAUGAGGGGGAAGGAAGUCAGAUUUUUAAAUGUUAAAUUGAUUGUAAAACUAGUGAAAAUGUAUACAUUUGAAAAGUAAAAAUAAAAAACGAAGAAAAAAGAGAAGGGUGUCUCACUGGAUGUGGAAAGGAGGAGGAAGAGGAGCCAUCGCCGCAACUCGGAUGUGCAACAUCACACACAAACACACACCUGCAGGAGAGUGCAUGUGACAUCACACGUCCAUGUUACGGCGGGUGGGUACCAUGUUACCUGAGGGUGAGAUGGCUCCCCUGGUGAGGAACAGUGCAACAUCUUGCAGCAAUGGGAAACCUACAGGAAAGAACAAAUACUUCUAUCUGGAGUUUGGAGAUCUUUUCGCCGUGAGGAGAGUUGAAAGGAUCUGAAGCUUUUUAGUCUACAAAAUACAGGAUUAAAGGGGAAUUUUUUUGUAACUAUUAAGAACAACAUGGAGAAAGUGGUUAAAGACUAACUUUUCCCUCUUAUACGUUGAGCAGCAAUAGGCUCAGAACAGCCAAAAAUGAAGUGCUAUUUCAGAAAAUGCGGUAUCAAUUUAUGGAACGCAGGGUGCCACAGGAUGGUACUGGCUGCUAGCUAAAACAGCUUUGAAAGGAGAACAGACAAAUUCAAGAGGAUAGUUACCGUAUUUUUCGCUCUAUAAGAUGCACCAGACCACAAGACGCACCUAGUUUUUGGAGGAGGAAAACAAGAAAAAAAAUAUUCUGACUCUCAGAAGCCAGAACAGCAAGAGGGACCGCUGCGCAGUGAAAGCAGCAAUCCUUCUUGCUGUUCUGGCUUCUGGGAUAGCUGCGCAGCCUGCAUUUGCUCCAUAAGACGCACACACAUUUCCCCUUACUUUUUAGGAGGGAAAAAGUGAGUCUUAUAGAGCAAAAAAUACGGUAUAUCAGCAGUUCUGUGUCCUGAAUAGCUAAUUGGGAAUGUCCAUGUUCAGAGGCCGUAUACUAGAAGCUGGGCUUACAAGGAGAACAAGUGUUGCCUUCAAGCCCUGCUUGCGAGUUUCCCAGAGGCAUUUGCUAGUCCCUGCUGGAAACAAGGUGCAAGCUAGAUGAACCAGAUGGUCUGAUCGAACAGGCCUCUUCUUAUGUUCUUAAGUUCUUAUUUGGCUUUUGUAAGGAUUACUGAGCAGUGAUUUGAGUACUCAAAAUGUAUUAUGUAAAUGCCAAAUGUUUUCGAUGACUGGGGCUGCUACUCGAGUGAACACAGUCAUUGAGUGGCGAUUUUUGCUGGGACCUCUUGGUGUGAUGCUGGUGGAACUGGGAAGCUCUCAAUUAGCCUCUUUUGUCUACCUUAAAGCACGAGGCUUGCUCAAACUAUGAUGCCACAGGUGUCCAGGACGUGUUAAAGAACUCAUUCGCAUGAGAUUGCUGUUGUGUGAUGGGUAAAAACAACACCAUCUGAAUCCACUCGGUGUGCUUCAAGCAAUGGUAUAAUUUGGUCAUGUGGUUUAGAGGAUGCAGGAGGCUGAAAGCCCUGGCUGUGGGAUAUGACGUGGUGGAAAAGCCCAGAAUUCAUUGUGUUGGCAUGUGCAUGCUUUCGGUUUCUUGUGUGUUGCAGACAAAAGCAGUAUUUUAGUGUCUCUGUUUUCACACGCUCGGUGUGUCAGUGCUACAGCAGGGAACAUAUUGUGCCUCAGCUGUCUAAACAGUGAUUGCUGAUAAGACCAGAGAGAUGUUUCUUCAGACGGUUGGAAUCAUGAAAGCUCAUGAUGGUGACCAAAGAAGGCUAAUAAUAAUCUUGCACUUGAGAAUGCCUGGCCUAGAAAUGUUGGGUGUCUUUUCAUAUACAUGCUUCAGAAGCUUCCGGGUUCAGCCCUGAGCAUCCCCAAAUAAAAAGGGAAUGUCAUAUAGCAGCAUUUGGGGAAAGACUUUUGUGCAACAUCCUCUAACGGAGGGAGUAGACUGGUCCAGACUAGGUACUGACAGACCGACUAUAAAAUAAGUAAAUACAGUGGUACCUCGGGUUGAGUACUUAAUUCGUUCUGGAGGUCCGUACUUAACCUGAAACUGUUCCUAAUCUGAGGCACCACUUUAGCUAAUGGGGCCUCCUGCUGCUGCCGCGCCGCCGGAGCACAAUUUCUGUUCUCAUCCUGAAGCAAAGUUCUUAACCUGAAGCACUAUUUCUGGGUUAGCAGAGUCUGUAACCUGAAGCGUAUGAAACCUGAAGCGUCUGUAACCCGAGGUACCACUGUACAGGUGAAACUCAAAAAAUUAGAAUAUCGUGGAAAAGUUCAUUUAUUUCAGUAAUUCAACUUAAAAGGCGAAACUAAUAUGUGAGGGCCAGUGUGGUGUAGUGGUUAAGAGCGGUAGACUCGUAAUCUGGUGAACCGGGUUCACAUCUCCGCUCCUCCCCAUGCAUCUGCUGGGUGACCUUGGGCUAGUCACACUUCUUUGAAGUCUCUCAGCCCCACUCACCUCACAGAGUGUUUGUUGUGGGGGAGGAAAGGAAAGGAGAAUGUUAGCCUCUUUGAGACUCCUUCGGGUAGUGGUAAAGUGGGAUAUCAAAUCCAAAUCCAAACUCCUCCUCUUCUUCUUUUCCACGAUAUUCUAAUUUUUCGAGUUUCACCUGUAAAUAAUGAAAAAAAAGGUAGGAUAUACUGAUAAGGCAGUUUUGUAUGCUUGAAGGAAGUGGCCAUCUAUUUAUUUAUUUAUCUUACUUCUAUAUCAUACUUGUCUUCAUUAUUUACUUAUUUACUUAUUUUAUUUAUUAAAUUUGUAUAUUGCCCUCCAUCCCUCACAGGGAGCCUCACAACAUAAAAAUACAAAAUGAGAACACAAAAUACAUAAUAAAACAAGAACAAACCAAUAAGUCCCCGCUCCCACAGGCCACAGAAGGUUAAUCAGCCAAAGGCCUGGUUUUAUAGAGAAAUAGUUUUGCCUGGAGCCUAAAGAUAUGUAAUGAAGGCACCAGGCGAGCUUCCCUGGGGAGAGGAUUCCACAGACAGGGAGCCGCAACAGAAAAGGCCUGAUCUCAUGUUGUUGCCCUCUGGACUCUCGUGGAGGAGGGCACAUGAAGAAGGGCCUCAGAUGAUGGUUGAAGGGUCUUGGUCGGGAGCAGCAUUCCUUGAAGUAUUGCCAUGGAACCCAACAUGUGGGUCUCAGGAGGUCUCCCAUCCAGACACUGACCGGACACAGACCUGCUUAGCUUCCAACAGACUUGGUGGCCUCAUGUGCCUUCUGGCCACAUGUUAAGAAUAGCUGCCUUAUUCUGAGUCGGUCCAUUGGCUUGUCUUCCUUGGUAAUGUCUGUGCACUGGCUGUGGCUCACCAAGGUUUCAGACAGAAGCGUUCCCCAGCCCUGCCUAGGAAUGAUGGGGACUGAACCUGAGACCUUCUGCAUGUAAAGCUCUGCAGCCCGACCCCUUACAUUGCUUACAUGCCAAUUCCUUAGAAGAAAAAGUGAUCUCAUGGUGACCACAAAAUUUCCUUAUCAUAUCUGCUUAACCUCAAGAUUAUUGUGGAGGUAAAAGCUUGCAUGAUUUGCAAUAUUUGAUAAGUCACAAGGAUACAUCAGUUGGACAAUACCAUGGGAGAAGUGGUUUGCACUCUUAGUAAUGGGAAAUAACUGUGUGUAUGUAUGUGUGUGUGUGUGUGUGUGUUUACAGCCGGCCUCUCUUGUCAACACACUGACUUCUUCCCUGUAGCAAUGCCAGUGAUUUUGCAGAGUCAUUGUGUGAAUCAGAAAUGAAAUUUAGUUUCUGAGAAGCCAAAGUAGCCUUGUGUCGAUACUGCGAAUUAUUUGCAGGACUGUUUUAAGAGCUUAUUGAUAACAUCUUUCUGAGAAAAGCUGCAGAAAUCUGCUGCUCGCUGUCUGCUGCAGGUUAUUUGGUUCCCUGGCUUGCUUCCCUCUCGCUUGCUCCCAUGAUUUCCCCUUUGUGUUUGUGUAAGUGAUGCGGCUGUUGGCAAACAGGGUAACGCGAGUGUUGACUUAAGGCAGGAGAACAAUGAUCUCAUUGGAAACAAUGCUGAUUUGGGGGUGAGAAACAGCCUGUGCUUCUCAGGGGGGUCUCCAUCCUUUUUCAGAGCAAUACUUACUCCUACUACCAGCUUCUGAGUUGUAUUCUGCCAUACAAAACUACAGAAAUGAAUGAUAAAUCGUGGCUCGAUUAUUAUUUUAGCCCUGUGCUGAUUGAGUUUUCCAGAAUUAUUACUGUUGUCUGAAAGAGAAAUGUUCAAUUCUAAAGGCCUUUGACAGGCAAUAAGGAACAAUUGGGAGCCAACUUUAAACUCCAUCUUUUCCUGAUGUCAGGUGUGGGGCUUGUGGGUGUGGUGUGGCCAGAGAUUUGUGCCCAUGGGCCAGAGAUUCCCCACUGCUUCCGUAAAUGUUGGCACAGGGCUAUCAAUUAAUUGGACGGAUAUAUGCUAAUAAAAGAGCAUCCAGACUUUUAGCUUACAGGUAACUCUUAAUUGGGCACAACAGAAAAGUAGCUCAGUGGGUUAGUUACUGGUGAAAAAUCAUAUGAUUCAGGUAUCAUUCAGCCAAGGUUCAGCUUCACAGGUUUUUGUUUGGAGAGACAAUAAAUGGGUGCUUCAUAUUUUUUUCUGGAUUAUUGCCUUAUUGUUAGGGUCUAUUAUUAUUAUUAUUAUUUUAUUUAUGCAUGGUACAUAUUGCUUAGAAUACUGAGUGGAAAGUAAAACUUCAAAAUUUAAAUAAAAUAAUAAUAAUAAUAAUUAAUGGACUCUUGUAAACGUCUGUCUAUCUAUCAUCUGUCUGUCUGUCUAUCAUCUAUCUAUCUUUUUUAAAGGUUUUUUUUAACAUAUCAUUUUCAACAGUAAUUAAACAUACUUUUACAUCUUAUUCAAAUUUUUUACUUCCAUCAAUCCUGUCUGAAAAUUUUCCAGUCUAAUCUCUCAGUAUGCAUUUCUUAUCUUCCCUAUUACAUUUCAAACUCAUAAACAAUAUCUCUAUCUUUUUCUACUUUGUAACACUUCGUAUAUUUCUCCUUACAAAACUUCUUGUAGUCCUACUAGUGUAAUUUGUUGAUUACAGUUGCUCUUCAAAUAAUUCAUAUACUUCUUCCAAUCUUCUGUAAAUCUCUGGUCCCGCAGGUUUCGAAUCCUUCCUGUCAUUUUGUCCAAUUCUGCAUAGUCCAUUAAUUUCGUCUGCCAUUCUUCUUUCGUCUGAAUUUCUUCUUGUUUCCAUUUCUGGGCUAACAAUACUCUUGCCGCAGUUGUUGCAUAUAAAAACAAUUUAACAUCUUGCCUAUUAAUGUCCUGACCUAUAAUACCAAGUAAAAAUCUAUCUAUCUAUCAUCUAUCUAUAUCUAUCUAUCUAUCAUCUAUCUAUCUAUCUAUCUAUCUAUCAUCUAUCUAUCAUCUAUCUAUCUAAGGGUCUGUAACAAGUUCUUGGAUAGCUGAUAACACCAGUGUUGCAGGGUGAACUAGAUGAUUCUGAGGGUUCCUUCCAGCUUUAAAUUCUAUGAUUUCUGUGUUGGGAACCAGCCUGUGGGACUUUCCAGACCACCCUCCUCACUGGCCCUUCUCUGUGUCCUCCUUUGAGUGCUUCUCUCUGCCUGGAAUGGAUCUUUGAAAUGGGCUAAUUCCUCUUGCUUUCCUGGAUUGAGAAAUGUGACUAGAAGCCACUGACUUUUGCCAAAUGUUAGUUACUCUUCAGUCAUGUCGUAUCAUGGACUGGUUGGACGCAGUGGAAUGGUGUGAGGAAACAGCUGGGGAACCCCCUCCCCCCAAAGGAAGAAGACUCAGAACCAGGGGAGUGGUGGUGGGACAACAAGGAGUGGUCAGAGGGAGAAGACUGGGGAAAGGAGGUGUAGGAAGCUGAAGUGAGUGAGGCGAGUCUGUGUCAGAGAUAAGUCAAGAAUCAGAGGAAGAAGCUAAAGCAGGAAAGGGAGGAGACCAAGAGGCAGGGAUGAUUCAGGCUGGUGAAGAGGCAUGGGUGUCUUCCCCUUCCUGCUGUGACAAACUCAUCCCCUUUGGUCUCCCAGAACCAGAAGAGGCAUGGAAAGGGCAAAGGAGAAGUUGGCUUUACACAGGUGCAGUCUCAGAUUGUUUGGGGAAACCUUGGAGAGGAAGGGACUUUGGCCUUCAGUCUCAGCAACUGCUUCAUGGGAGCAAGACUUGCCAGAGAAGAGAUGCUGUGCGCAUUAGGCCUGACACUCCGGUGUAGAUCCUGUUUUUGCUAUAUAUAUAAAGAGUGAGUGCCUGGAGGCGGUUGGAGGAUGGAUGGCAGCUAAUGGAUGGAGGUUGAAUCCUGACAAGACAAGUACUGUUUUGGGGGGAACAGGGUGUGGGCUGGUAUAGAGGACUCCCUGGUCCUGAAUGGGGUAACUGUGUCCCUGAAGGACCAGGUGCGCAGCCUGGGAGCCAUUUUGGACUCACAACUGUCCAUGGAGGCGCAGGUCAAUUCUGUAUCCAGGGCAGCUGUCUACCAGCUCCAUCUGGUACGCAGGCUGAGACCCUGCCCGCCCGCAGACUGUCUCACCAGAGUGGUGCAUGCUCUAGUUAUCUUCCACUUGGACUACUGCAAUGCGCUCUACGUGGGGCUACCUUUGAAGGUGACCCGGAAACUACAACUAAUCCAGAAUGCGGCAGCUAGACUGAUGACUGGGAGUGGCCACCGGGACCACAUAACACCGAUCCUGAGAGAUCUGCAUUGGCUCCGAGUACAUUUCCGAGCACAAUUCAAAGUAUUGGUGCUGACCUUUAAAGCCCUAAACGGCCUCAGUCCAGUAUACCUGAAGGAGCAUCUCCACCCCCAUUGUUCUGCCCAGACGCUGAGGUCCAGCGCCGAGGGCCUUCUGGCGGUUCCCUCAUUGCGAGAAGCAAAGCUACAGGGAACCAGGCAGAGGGCCUUCUUGGUAGUGGCGCCCGCCCUGUGGAACGCCCUCCCAUCAGAUGUCAAAGAGAUAAACAACUACCUGACAUUCAGAAGACAUCUUAAGGCAGCCCUGUUCAGGGAAGUUUUUAAUGUGUGACAUCUUAGUGUAUUUUUGGUCUUUGUGGAAGCCGUCCAGAGUGGCUGGGGAAACCCAGCCAGAUGGGUGAGGUACAAAUAAUAAAUUAUUAUUAUUAUUAUUAUUAUUACUCCAACUUGCUCAGUUGUCACCCACAUUUGCUCUGGCCCACCUUAGUAUGCAGACCCUGAAAGUGAAUGCAGCAUUUAGUCCGAGAAUUAUUUCCUUCCUAAUGAGUGUUGGACUGGACCAUUAAGACCUGGGUUCAAAUCCUCCCUGUGCCAUGAAGCUCACUGGGAUGUCUCUCAGCUUCGUUUUGUUGAAAGGACAAAAUUGAUAUGAAGUCCUUAGCUGUUUGGGAGAGAGGCAGGGUGAAAAGGUAAUUAAACAGUAAAUAAAUAAAUAAACCAAACUUCCUGUUUUGCAAUUAGUAAGUUCAUAAACUGUGUCACAUCUCUUAAAAAUUUAAUUUUAGGACACAUCAUGGAGGGACUGGCUUUUCUGGUAGAAAUGUUUGCCCGCGAGUGACAAGUUGUUUUUGCGUCAUCAUCAUUUUUUAAAACGAAUUCAUGCAACCUUUGAAAGAGCAGUCUCAGUUAAGUAGCUGCCGUCUGGUGUCAGAAGCACUGUGUCAGAUGCAUACUGCACACUGCUGUAACCAAAGUUUAAAUUAAGACACACUGUGUGACGUUAAAAAUACCAUUUCCAAUGCACAUAAAAAAAAGAUUUACAGCAUUUGUACUUUUCAAACUCUUUUUGUCUGGGACUUAACCCGGCUCCAUUCCUUCCACCCCCCAAGUGAUUUGAAUCAUUUUGUGAAAUAACUAAUGAUGCAACCCUAUGUCCACUUUCACGGGAUUCUGUUUCUUUGUUGUUGUUUAGUCGUUUAGUCGUGUCCGACUCUUCGUGACCCCAUGGACCAGAGCACGCCACGCACUUCUGUCUUCCACUGUCUCCCGCAGUUUGGUCAGACUCAUGUUUGUAGCUUCGAGAACACUGUCCAACCACCUCAUCCUCUGUUGUCCCCUUCUCCUUGUGCCCUCCAUCUUUCCCAACAUCAGGGUCUUUUCCAGGGAGUCUUCUCUUCUCAUGAGGUGGCCAAAGUAUUGGAGCCUCAGCUUCACGAUCUGUCCUUCCAGUGAGCACACAGAGCUGAUUUCCUUAAGAAUGGAUGCGUUUGAUCUUCUUGCAGUCCAUGGGACUCUCAAGAGUCUCCUCCAGCACCAGAAUUCAAAAGCAUCAAUUCUUCGGCGAUCAGCCUUCUUUAUGGUCCAGCUCUCACUUCCAUACAUCACUACUGGGAAAACCAUGGCUUUAACUAUACGGACCUUUGUUGGCAAGGUGAUGUCUCUGCUUUUUAAGAUGCUGUCUAGGAUCUACUUGUACUUGUCCUCCGCUCUUCCUCAGUAGCAUGUUGGAUGCCUUCCGACCUGAGGGGCUCAUCUUCCAGUGUCAUAACUUUUAUAUGCCUGUUGUCUUUGUCCAUGGAGUUUUCUUGGCAGGGAUACUGGAGUGGCUUGCUGGUUCCUGCUCCAGGUGGAUCACGUUUGGUCAAAACUCUCCACUAUGACCUGUCCAUCUUGGGUGGCCCUGCACAGCAUAGCUCAUAGCUUCUCCGAGUUAUUCAAGCCCCUUCGCCACGGCAAGGCAGUGAACCAUGAAGGGGUCUGUUUCUUUAAGGUGAAUGAAGUUUCAUUGCAAAUGAAAUGGUUAGGUUGGGAAAGCAUUUUUUAUACUGAUGUAAAAAAUAAAAAUAAAUCCUUGCUGCAGAAUUCUAAGGGUUGUUACCAAAUGCUGCUCUUCUGCUAAUGGACUUCCACUGGUGCAACAGAACUUCCAUUUCUUCUCCUCUUCCAUGCAGGGCCCUGUGCUCCUCAAAAUGUUUUCCAGAGAUUUGGGGGGCUCCAGAGCAGCUAUUGGAGUGUGUAGGGAGAGGGAGAGGGAACUCUGCUGGUGAUACAACCCAACAGCUGUUGUUUCCUUCCAUGAAUAGAACAGUUUACAUUCACAGAGUGGGGCUCUCCCAUCUGCCCCUCCCUUCUGUAGCCUGUGCUCACCUGAAAAUCUGUGUCUGGAGGACUCUUGGGAACAGUGUGGGACAUGGGCUUCAAUGUUGGGUGGGGGCUUGGUGGCCAUCUCCCACUUUCUGAAAGGAGGAAUAGCUUAUGAUCCAAGCCGGUAUCCAAGAGGCUAUUGAAUUGCUUCUAAAAAUACCUUCAGAUAUGUCCUACCUACGUCAAUAGCAGUUCUGCAUCUAUGUGUCAAAAAGAUCAUAGAUUUGCCACGCAUCUACUCAAACUACUGAAACUCAAGAUGCGCGUAGCUCAGAAUACUCUCUGCAGUCACGCAGAUGUGUGCUCAUUUGCCACUCAUGAUGUUCCGCACAUGGCUAUCCCACUGUGCUGCGUGGAAAUGUUAUCCUACUUGGAAAUCUGGUAUGCUUUUAAGUGGCCCUAAGUGGCAAGUUUAGGGCUGAGGCAUUGGGCUCAGUUGCACAACAACAUAAUUACAUGUUUCCGCUAUGUAGGUCAGCCGAAGACGUAUGAGGCCAAGGCUUGUUCUUUGCUUGUGUCUUUGGUUGAGCACCAAGUAAGCCAAAGUUAAUCUGCUGGGCACACAGUCUUCCCUUUUCCCCAUUAGAGUGACUGGGGAAAAGGGAAGACUCUGUGCCCCGCAUAGUUUAACUUUGGCUUACUUGGUGCUCUGCCUUAUAUUUGUUGCAAUGUUUGUCUUGCAUAGACUGUUUCUUGUUCUUUCAGCAGGUGUGGGUGAGGGACUUCUGGCCUUCAAAAUGUUUUUGGGCUCCCAGCUCCCAUCAACACCAUGUCCAGCAGUCAGACAAAUGGGAGUUGCAACAUUUGAUGGAGCACAAAUUAGCCGCCUCUGCCCUUAUAUCAAGUUUCUGUCUUAUAGCUGUGGGGUGCACGUGUGUGUAAAUCUCAGUUGGUCAACCUCCCAAUUUAUCAUUCAGCCUCCAAUUUAACAUUCGGGGGCGGGGUAUUUAUUCUGCUCUUGUUAUCUGAAGCUUAUCUUCUUUUUCAUAAAUCUUCCUCUUUCAAAUAAUUCUCAGUCUGUGAGACUGAGAUUUAUCCCUUGUUACCCAUUAAGGAUUUGUGUUUUCCUAAUUGCACCUGGUUGUUGUUUUCUAAUGCCCAUGUAGCUAUGAAAACCAUUUGUGUAGUGAGAGUGCCAAUUAUUUUUUUCCAGGCAUAAUGAUGGAAGUGGAAACAUGCGGUGCCUCACACACACUGCUCAGCAGGUUUGCAGAUGUCCCAUUGCUUUAUGUAUAAAGGAAUUCUUGUACCUAAUGCCAGGGGGAAAAGAGAGAACAUUAAGGGGCAGAUUAUUUUGAAAAAGGGUGGUGCUUCAAAUUUAUAUAUUUUUGUGUCUUCUUUUUGUAAUCAGUUACUUGCUUCCAAGGUAGGAGUGAACUGAAAAGAAAGCAAAGAGCUGCUCAAUAAUGGAAGACUUUGGAGUUGCACCUUUUUCAUAUCCACUCAAUAACUUGUUCAUUAUCUUCGUUAUACAGAGGUGUGUGGCAUUCAGAAUUCACUGCAAGCAGGCAAUGGCAUGGAGGAAAAUAAUAGGCAAACAAGACGGUGUUGGAAGCCUUAGAACUGCUUGCUCUAUAAACUUGAUUGAUUUUGCCUACGAUCUAUAAUAGGGUUGCAAUUUCUUCAGUUUAUGCCCGCUGGCUGUCAUUGAUCCUAAACACACUGGUGUUGCCUGAAGACACAAAGGGUCCCAACUAAGUGUGCAGCCAGUCAUGACGCACAACCCGGAAUAUACAGGCUUUCCCAAGGAAAUGCAGGUCUCUUCUAUCAAUGGCUCCCUCACUCUUGACUCCAAGUCUAGAAAUCUAGGAGCGCAUGGUGGAGCAUCUUGCGCAAAGCUUGCAUACAACAAAAAUUCAAUCCCCAGAGCCAACAGAUAAAUAAAUGUCAGAAACAUAAAGCUUGUCUUUCCAAAACUGCUUGCGGUGUGUAAAAUCAUGACGAUAGCUAAUCAUGUGAAGGGAGUUUCAUGUGUUGGUCCCUGUCACUGGCCCUGCCACUGGCAUGGAUAUGCAGGGAGUGGGGCUAAUAAUAAUAAUAAUAAUAAUAAUAAUAAUUUAUUAUUUAUACCUCGCCCAUCUGGCUGGGCUUCUCCAGCCACUCUGGGUGGCUUCCAACAAAAUAUUAAAAUACAGGAAUGCAUCAAACAUUAAAAGCUUCCCUAAAUAGGGCUGCCUUCAGAUGUCUUCUAAAAGUCUGGUGGUGGUUGUUCUCUUUGACAUCUGGUGUGAGGGCGUUCCACAGGGCUGGCGCCACUACCGAGAAAGCCCUCUGCCUGGUUCCCUGUAACUUGGCUUCUCGCAGUGAGGGAACCGCCGGAAGGCCCUCGGCGCUGGACCUCAGUGUCCGGGUAGAACGAUGGGGGUGGAGACGCUCCUUCAAAUAUACUGUGUCCUACAUUGGGGGCAGGGCCAGUAAGGAAAUAUAUCUGGAAAUAAACCACUAUCUGACGUUUAGGAGACAUCUGAAGGCAGCCCUGUAGAAGGAUGUUAACGUUUGAUGCUUUAUUGUGUUUUUAGUAUUCUGUUGGGAGCUUCCCAGAGUGACUGGGGCCACCCAGUCAGAUGGGCAGCAUACAAAUAAUCAAAUUAUUAUUAAUAAUAAUUAUGAUUGUUUGAAAGUCUUCACAUGGAAAACAGGCAAAGGGGGCUGAUGUUACCCAGCAUUAUGACUGCCACAGCAGCCAACUUGUAUAAUAGACAGGGGCAGCCCCCCCUCCACCUGAGGCAAAAUGGGAAUUGCUUCCUUCUGCCGCCUUCACAGCCAUGUCCCAGUCUCCCCUUCCACCGCCACCAUGCCCGCCCUCCAACACACCGCAGGAAUGCCCUGGCUCUUGCCAAACCCUGGGGGAGCUGGGGUGUGCUUCAAAGUGUUGUUGCUCAGCUUCGCCCCCUGAGGGCGAGGGAAACUUGAGUGGCAAUGUGGCAUGUGAGAAUUUGCAGCAAGACCCAGGAUGUUCUGUAAAGCAUUGCCAGAACACCUCCCUGUCGCUGCUAGCGGCAGAAGCGAUCGGGCCAUAUCUUGUACUUCUGCCGCCUGAGGCGAGUGCAUCACCCUGCCUCAUGGGUGGGCCGGCUCUGAUAAUAGCAUUUCCUUGUAAAACAAUUUGAUUGUGGUGUUGUUGUUGUUGUUACAUGCUCUCAGAGCUUGGAAUAUCUGGGAAACAGAUGUUUGAGCCUCAGUGAUUUUGGCCUCGCCAUUAGCUAACUGAAAAACAACCUACUCUCUGUUUAUUUGUGUUAUUUGGAGGAAUUGUCUGAUACGGGUGUAACAGAUCAGCAACAAUUAAACCGGGAGCUUGCACUGUCACUUUAAAGGCAGCUAAGGGGCAGUUUCAACCUAGCAGUUUGAAAGCACGUCAAAGUGCAAGUAGAUAAAUAGGUACUGCUCCGGUGGGAAGGUAAACGGCGUUUUCGUGCGCUGCUCUGGUUCGCCAGAAGCGGCUUAGUCAUGCUGGCCACAUGACCCGGAAGGUGUACGCCGGCUCCCUCGGCCAAUAAAGCAAGAUGAGCGCCGCAACCCCAGAGUUGGUCACUACUGGACCUAACGGUCAGGGGUCCCUUUACCUUUACUUUAAGGGGCAGUUUGCUUUACAUCAGGGGUUGGCCACCUUUUGGGGCCUGUGGGCACUUUUGCAAGGCAGGGGAGCUAUGGCUUGGUGGUAGCUCACAUGCUCUGUGUGUUGAAAGCCCCAGCUUUGAAUCACUGAGGUAUUUUGAGUUAUCUGAAGAUUGAGCUUGAGCAAGAGGGCUGAGGAAGGCUUCUGUCUGAGAACCCAGACAGAUGCUCUCCAUCAGAGUAUUCAGCACUGAGCUAAAUGGACCAACGCUCUGACUUUGAUUAAAGACGUAUCAAAUGUUUGGCCCCAAAUAUCAGAAAGAUUUCUUCCUUCCCUGCAUAUUUCCUUGGCUGUUAAGAUUGGCAGUGAGGUCAUUUCUCGGUAGUCCCACUGCCCUCAGAGGUUUGGGGUGUGUGCAACUGCCUGAGAGAGGGGGCUUCUCUGUGGUAGCCCCUAAGCUCUGGGAUUCGCUCCCCACAGCAGUGUGUCUGGGACCUUCAUUGCGAAGUUUUUCACUGUGUGCUAAUGAUGCACCUCUGUACUUUGCCUUUGACACCUGAGAGAGCUAUUUUAGCACCCACUCAGUUCUCUUCAUUGUAAUCUGUUUUAAUUGUUUUUAACGCUGUGGUUUUUAAAUGGUUGCAACCCAUCCUGGGACCUUAUAGUGAAGGGUGGAUAAGAAAUCUAAUAAACAACAACAAUAACAAGCAGUCAUGUUCACAUGACUGCUUUGGAGAAGCUAAGAGCAGCUUCUUUUCUGCUUGAGGAACACAUUGCAUCCAGGAUUAUAUGCAUAACUUUGGUGUGUGAAGGCUGUGGUGUUCUUUGGCUCCCUUUCCUUGUCUUCUUUUUGAUUAGGAAGGUUACUGCCAUGAGGGUUUGUGUCACAUUUUCCGUAUUGUUUGCAACUGCCCAGUUUUCCUUCAGGACAAAACUUACCAGAUAACCCCAGUUAGAUGCUUAACCCUUGCAUUACACUUUGCUCAGUUACAUAAUGCAAAUGUACAGAGUUGGGAGGUUUCGAGCUGGGAAGGGGGGGGGAUAGUGUGUUACCAUGAGAGUGGUCUUGUUCUAUCUCAGUCUUGUUUGGAUACUUCAGGGAUAGGGAACCUGUCGCUCUCCAAAUGUUACUGGAUUACAAUACCCAUAAUCCCUGAACAUUGGCCAUACUGGGUUGUAGCCAAUUCUGCGUGGAGAAGACUUGAAGAUCUGCUGAAAUUUGGUUAAUUUUGGUCCAUUAAUUUUAAUGGGUUUAAUCCAAAAUUUAGUUGGAAACAACCUGCUGGCUGGGACUGAUGGGAGUUGGAGUCCAAAAGUAUCUCUGGAGGGCCACAUGUUCCCUUUUCCUGGACUACUGCAUUAUCUUAGCUUUGGGUUUCUUUGGCUAUUUGAGCCCAUUGCCGUUACUGAUAAAAGCAUCGCAAGCAAUCCUAUGCAUCGGGUUCAGUGCAACAUUAGUUUCAUAAGCUGUUUUAUGAUGACAAUCUGUUUGUCAUUUUAGCAUUUGCGUCAACAUCCCUUAAAGCAAGGAUGAAAAGUGUAGCAACUUUGUAAGUUGCUUCAUUCCACCACCACCCAACACAGGAAUUAAUAAAUAUUUAUUCUUCUCUUCCUCUCUAAGGAGACCAGAGUGCUGUAUACUAAAACCAGUAAAACAAUAUGAAAUUGCACAUAUUCAGUAUCCGUUUCACAUUUCUCUGAGUGUAGCUGGUGUGUUGCAUAAUAUAGUAGGCAAAUACCACUUCCUCUUUGUGUCACAUCAGAUAAAGAAGCAGUUGUGAAAGGGAUAAUUAAUGUUAAAAGAAAUAGUAAUACCAGCUUUUAACCCUUAGGCUCCUUAGAAAUAAGCCUUUGCAAUUUCUAGGAGAAGAGCCAGAGUUAAUGGUCUUAUUCUGACCAGAACGUCUGCCUUCAAAACUGUUUUUUUAGAUGAGUUUGCAUUCUUUAUUUGCUGACUUCCGCUUUCCUCUCUGAGUAGAAAGAGACGAUUUGCCUGCAGUGGAUCACUGUGGACUGAAACAUCUGCAAAUAUUACAAGUUUGAGACUCUGCACAAACAAUUGGCUUUGUUACUAGGACUGCCAAACCAUUAAGGAUGUUUUAAAUCUGAUUAUCUGACUUUUAGGGACGUGGGUGGCGCUGUGGUCUAAACCACAGAGCCUAGGGCUUGCUGAUCAGAAGGUCGGCGGUUCGCAUCCCCGCGACAGGGUGAGCUUCCAUUGUUCGGUCCCAGCUCCUGCCCACCUAGCAGUUCAAAAGCACGUCAAAGUGCAAGUAGAUAAAUAGGAACGCUCUAGUAGGAAGGUAAACAGUGUUUCCGUGCGCUGCUCUGGUUUGCCAGAAGUGGCUUAGUCAUGCUGGCCACAUGAUCUGGAAGCUGUCUGCAGACAAACACCGGCUCCCUCGGCCUAUAGAGCGAGAUGAGCGCGCAACCCCAGAGUCGUCCACGACUGGACCUAACGGUCUGGGGUACCUUUACCUUUACCAUUUUUAUCUGACUUUUAACUGAUGAACCAGUCAAUUAAUAGUCACAUACUAUAUACUCCAGGGACAAAUCAGUGUUUUAGGUCUGCCGUUCAGUGUUGCUCAUCACUCUUCUUGAAACUUAAAUGAGAUGUUUAAAUUCGAUUUUCUUCCUUCUUUAUUUUAUGGAUCUUCCUUCAACUGUGCAUUGCCGUAGCUACUUAUUUAGACAGCAAGGCAUCAGAAACAGCUACAAUGACGGCCAUAGUAAGGAGCGGAAUAUUUAAAGCUGCAAUCUCAUGCACAUUAGAACUACUUUAAUUGGAGUAACCCCAUUACACUCAGUAGGAUUCGUCUGCAUGUAAAUAUGCAUAUGAUCAGGCUGCGUGUGAGAGCUUUCAUUUGCUUCUCAUUAAGUGUGUGCUGAUCUUUGUGAAAUUCAUUGCAAAAAAUGAAAGGGUUCUUGUAUUUGUGCGGGUUGCUGUUGCUAGGAGCUACCAUACAAGUAUCAACAAUGACAUUGCAAGACGGCAUGAGCAGGUAAAACACCCAACCCUUUUCUCUAUUUCCAGCCCUUAAAAAACCCAGGAUGUACUGCUUAGUGCUCCACCUGCAGUCCAGUGCAGAUUUACUUGCAACCAGAGUGGCUAUGUGUCCUACUUAACAGAGGGCAGCCUUCUACUAGAAAAGCUGUCAAAGGACAGUCCUCUCUUUGAAGGCAACCUCAGUUUGGAAACUGCCCAGUCAAAUCGUUAGAAGGGAGAUCAGGAACCUUGAAAUUGUCCAACAUUUAGUAUCAGGACAGGCACGCAGGACAAUACACAUUAGUCUUCCCAUUCUACAGUGGUACCUCGGGUUACAGACGCUUCAGGUUACAAACGCUUCAGGUUACAGACUCCGCUAACCCAGAAAUAGUACAUUGGAUUAAGAACUUUGUUUCAGGAUGAGAACAGAAAUCAUGGCGCGGCGGCAGUGGAAGGCCCCAUUAGCUAAAGUGGUACCUCAGGUUAAGAACAGUUUCAGGUCCAGAACAAAUUAAGUUCUUAACUGUAUUUCUCAAUUUUCCUCUGUACAUAUCAAUUAGCAUACACAAACCUAUGCAACUCUGCAUGUUUUGCCUUCAAUUCUUCUUCUUCUUCUUCUUCUUCUUCUUCUUCUUCUUCUUCUUCUUCUUCUUCUUUGGGUAAUGGGUGAUGAGGUACCGGUAUUUAUUCACUUUUAGUUAUGUAUAAGUGGGCACCCUGCCUGAAAUUAAUUCCCAUUAAAAAAAGGUAAAGGACCCCUGACAGUAAAGUCCAGUCACAGACGACUCUGGGUUUGCGGCACUCAUCUUGCUUUUCAGGCCGAGGGAGCCGGCGUUUGUCCACAGACAGUUUUUCCGAGUCAUGUGGCCAGCAUGACUAAGCCGCUUCUGGCGAAACCAGAGCACGCACGGAAACGCCGUUUACCUUCCCACCAGAGUGGUACCUACUUAUGUACUUGCACUUUUUGGCAUGCUUUCAAACUGCUAGGUUGGCAGGAGCAGGGACCGAACAAUGGGCGCUUAACCCGUCAUGGGAAUUCGAACCGCCGACCUUCCAAUCGGCAGGCCCAAGAGUCUCAGUGGUUUAGACCACAGCGCCACCCACGUCCCAUUACUUCCAAGUAAAUAUGACUAAGGAUAAUGUUGUUUGACCCAGCUAUGAGGGAGAGGAAGCGGAAUGGGACAAAACAAUUAUUUUUCAACUCCAGGUUACCUCUGUGGCAGUGGGAUGGGGGCAGAAUGAUUCCCCCUGCCACCUACUGGGCUGGAGGAGGGAAAUGAGUGGGAUUCCUUCAAGACAGUAGUGCUUAGUAUGGCAGCAGUGCUUGCCUGACUUCCCAUCACCAAAGCGUGUUCUCCUUCAUGGAGAGCACUUGUUGCGGUGGGGGCUGACAAGACACUCCAAAGUUGUGGGGCGGGCUAAUUGAUCAUUGGCCACUGAUGCGAUUGGGGCUUCCCUUGUUGUUGGGAUGAAGUUAAUGUUGCCAUUCUGUGAGUGACAGCCAGAAAUGUUAAAACUCCCUGCACAAAGCGUAGAGCUUCCUCUUUUCGCUCCGUGCAUCGGAUUGCCCGUCCCUCCUCCCUAUAUUUAGGGUUGUUCGCUUUGACCUUGCUAUGCCUGUCAUGGGGUCGUCUGCUCUUGGGGCAGGGGCCCAGUAGGAAUUUUGUCCAUCUGGCUGAUUGGCUGGUGCCAUUUGGUUUUUGCCUACUGCGUAGCAAAUCGCCACAACUUGUAAGGUUGUGGUUAGGCAUUGGUUUAGGGUUUGGUUAAUUGAGGGGCAUGGAUUGGCUGCGCCUGCCCCUCCAAUGCUGCUGCUGCAAGGGAUUCCAUUAAAGGAAUACAGGGGCUCGCCUAUGCUUUUGUCCAAACCCUGUCAAGGGGCUAGGGCCACACAAGAGCCCCUGGUUGCAUUUGGGGAGGGCUGAGGGCAGGUUCCCUGCUCCGUCGCUACCCCCAAAUGUAUUCCCCUUUUCUGACUUUUGCAGGCUUGCGAAAUGUCAGUCUGUCCCUCACUGGGGGGCAGAUAGUCGCAACCAACGCCUAAGCAACCACUCACAUUUUUGUAUUUUAAUAAAGUUGUGGCCAAAAAUUAUGCCAAAAACCUUAAACAAAAUUUCUGUGUGAUGUGUGAGUUAUUUGGGGUGGCUUGGGGACCUCGACACACAAUGGACCAUGGAUGAAAUACUCUUGUUUCUGGUUACCCUGUUGUGGUUUGUUUGGUGAGAGAGGAACCACAAGCACAGGCUGGAGAUGUAAUGUCAAUGCCAGCCGCUCCGUGGCUCAUUUCCUUGCUCAACUAAUAAAGGAGCAGAGUAGGAGCGCUCUGCCUUUGUGCACACCAGCAUGCAGCUGAUAUGCAUAUUUGCUUAACUAUGAUUUAUGGCUUAGCAUGCAUUCAGAUGCCACCAUUACAUGGUCAAAAUUAACAUGGUUAAGGCAAGCCAAGGGGGAAAUCUUGCAGUACAGAUAGAUUGGCAGAGUUUAAGCCCCACGCUAGGCCUUUGUUCUCUUUUGUGCUUUCUAGCCAGAAAAGCCAUUUAUGCAUUCACAUUUCAUUUAAGAUCAUCUUAUCCCUUAUAUGCCCAGUCAAUCACUCCUCUCUGCAGGUGAGGGCCUCCCGCAGAUUACUCACUUUAUCAGGAGUUCUGUUCUGCACAGAACCUUCUCAUGUUCUGGCACCUACACUUUGAAAUUCCCUCUCCUUAAGUAUUAGGCAGGCUUUGUCUAUCCAGUGUGUAUCUGCGUUGGAACUGUGUUUAGCUGUUUUAUCGCUUAUGCGGAUGCCACCCUGGGCUCCUUUGGAAGGAAGCAGUGCCAGAUUUACGUAUAAGCUAAACAAGCUAUAGCUUAGGGCCCCACUCUCUUGGGGGCCCCAAAAAACUAAAAGAAAAAAAACGCUGGAUAUACAUUUCCAAAAUAUAAGAUAAAAAGCAAAUGAAAUAAAACCUGCAUACAGCAACAGUGUUUUGUGUUGUGUAGGCUCCUAUGAUGUAAGUAAUGGGGCCUGCCUGCUAGACUGCUCCCUAAAAUAUCACUGGUUUACUCAUUUCUAUAUAUAGGGUGCCUACAUUCUGCAUGUGCAAAUGGCUUUAGAUACCUAUUAGGUUAAGGUUACCAGAUUUUUUUCAAUGAAUCCGGGGACCUUUUUAACUUCCUACUAAAUAGAUGGAUUUUGUCAGGGGACUGAUUUCUAAAUCUGGGGACUGUCCCCGGGAAACGGGGAUGUCCGGUAACCUUAAUUUGAAGGCAUUCUGUGCACACAAUAGGCCAGAUAGAUAGAGUCAGCUAGAUACAUAGUGUUGUGGCCCAAAAAUGGCUUAUCUUCUGAGUUUACGCCAAUAAGACUCAGAGACAAGAGGAGUUAGGAGUCCAUUGUUUAUUGCUAGGCAAUAGGUUACAGUCGAAUUGUUUCGCAAGGGUCGGGGCGGUAGUAUUUAUAACAUUUCAAAAAAAAGGAUUUCAAUUUUCACCAAUCAUGUACAUCAUUACCUCAUUUCAUGUUUAAUACACAUGCGCAAUACGCGUUAGCAAUUUCUGUUGAUUCAGCUUUGAUUCCCAGCGCGCUCUGUUAAAAUACUAACUUCUGUUACAUUGUGUUAGUAUGAAUGUUGGGAACCUGUGCUACGCGUAUCCAUUUGCACCAUGUAUCAACUUAUGUUCUAGCUUAUGAGCAGUAUCUUUGUGAUUCAUAUAUUAGCUGUACUUCUGCCCCAAUGGGGGAGGCAACUUGCGAAAAUCAUCAGUUUCAUAAAGCAACGGGUUACCAUAACAUCUCUGUUAGAAGCACACUCAAGGAUUUAUAGGGGUUCACAUUAUCCUAUUUAUUGUGGAUUUUUGGGCCGCCACCACAAUAGGACAAAAACCUUUUGGUAUUUAGGCUGUGGGCAGUUAGGCUGCUGAACAGAAAAUAAUACAGUGGAUGCUCAGGUUGAAAAUGUGAUCUGCGUGGGAUGCACAUUUGCAACCCACAGCGGCGCUUCUGCGCAUGCGCGGGUUGUGAUUUGGUGCUUCUGCACAUGCGAAAAGCGCCAUUUAGCGCUUCUGUGCAUGUGCAACUCCUGAAACCCGGAAGUAACCCAUUGCUGUACUUCCAGGUUUCGGCGGGUCCGUAACCCAAAAAAAACGCAACCUGAAGCGUCUGUAACCCGAGGUAUGACUGUAUAGUGCAACUGACUUUCGGGGUUGGUGUGUUGUGCGACAAGCACACAGAGUGCAAUGAGACUGAGUGUUUGUGGGGAGGGGGAGGGAGGCUCGGUGAAUUUCAUUGUGCAUAGGUUGUACAUUGACAAUACAGUGGUACCUCGGGUUAAGUACUUAAUUCGUUCUGGAGGUCUGUACUUAACCUGAAACUGUUCUUAACCUGAGGCACCACUUUAGCUAAUGGGGCCUCCUGCUGCUGCCGCGCCGCCGGAGCACGAUUUCUGUUCUCAUCCUGAAGCAGAGUUCUUAACCUGACGUACUAUUUCUGGGUUAGCGGAGUCUGUAACCUGAAGCGUAUGUAACCUGAAGCGUAUGUAACCCGAGGUACCACUGUAAAGGUAUUAUUAUUAUUAUUAUUAUUAUUAUUAUUAUUUGUCUUUUGCGUAGGUAAGGCUGUGGGAAUCAUUACAGCAAACACAACAUCUGCAUCAUAAGGAAAGGAGUUAUGCAGCUACCUGCUGAUAGGAGAAGGGGUUGACAAGAAAAUGUUAAGGUUUUGAAUCAUCAAGGCCUACAUUAUCAAAGCCUCGAGCAUUUAUAUUGAAGGUUUGUUUAUUGUCAGUGGCGCCUAAGGCAACCUUUUAUAGCCUUGUAAGCUGGUUGGCUUUAAUUAACGAUGCACAUGAGAAGGCUACAUGCAGCAUGCCAAUGUUUGGCAGGCGUAAUUAACACUCGAUACACCUAGACAGGGUGGCAGACUCCGUAAUUAAUAGAGGCUCCUGUCUGUUCACCAGGGGCCCAGAAUCCAGAUCUAAGUGCUCCCUAUGGAGUCUUGAUUUGGGGACCUGGGAGAUAGGAAGCCAAAUUAAUGAUGCUAAUUCUCUGGGUGUUUGUCAUGGCAGAUGGGAGCGACAGAUAUCACCUAGGGAGAAUGCUUGUGGUAGGUCAUCACAAGAAAUACUUAUUUGAGGAGUUUUCUGUAAAAGGUUGCUAUGUUAAGAUAAUGAAAGAAAUAAGUAAGUAAGAACCUUCCCUGCACAAAUGACAUUUGCUUAUUUUGGAAAUAUAUAGCCGUCAAACAAGAUAUUCGGGUCCGGUCAAUGAAAGAGAAAGCUCAGCAGACCUUAGUAGAAUUGGUAGCUAUCUCUUUAUGUGUUCUGUUUCUCCAAGGUUGAUCCUGUCAGCAUCUGCAAAGGCCUGCUAUUGUCCGAAUAGCAGCUGCUUGUUUCCGGGUUUUUAUCCACUGGUGUGGUGAGGUUAUUGAUGUUGAAGUCUGUUACUCAGUUUGGUUAAGUUUAUUAUUGCUGUUUUCUGUUUUAGAAGUACAGAAGUGUCCUUGGUCCUGUUGAUGCCGGUAGGGUUAUAUUUAGCAAUGUCGUUCCCUGUUUCUGUCCCAGCAUUCUCGUCUCAGUUUUUACUUGACCCAAUGCAAGACUUGGGUACAGAUGUGCAGGUCUGGGUUGAUUCGCCAGGCCAUUGUUUUGGUGUGAUGCCAUAACAAACACUGAACUGGAGCAAGCACCCAGUUCACUUGCUUUAUUUACCUUAACAGCAGCCGAUUAAAAGGAGUUCAAAAUAGUUUGUUGUUUGAAUGUUUGCUUUUACUUCAGCAGCAUAUUUGUUAAUGGAUCUUUAAUGAUAAAUGUGUGUACAGUGUGGGGAACCCUGAAUAAUAUUUGAGAUUUGUUUUUCCCCAUAUGAAAGGAAUGAAGGAUUAUAAUAACAGUUAAGUUCAAAAAGAAAUACCCCUAAGCAUUUUGUGAAUCUUUUUCUUUUGUCCAUUUACUGUAUUUAUUUUCCGCGAUUUGAACUAUAAAAUGAGUCAAAAUGAGAGUACCUAAACAUUUUCUCUUUUUUGAAAAAAAAAACACUGGACUAAAGUAUGGACAACUUGCUGAUUUGCUACCAGGCCAGGUUCAAGGUGUUACUAUUAGUAUAUAAAGCUCUUAACAACUUGGGGCCAGUUACCUAUGAUAUCACCUUACCCUACAGAUGCCCACUCAACCACUUUGAUUGGUGGAAUUGGCAUUACCUCAGGUGCCACAUCAUAAGGGACGCGGGUGGCGCUGUGGGUUAAACCACAGAGCCUAGGACUUGCCGAUCAGAAGGUCGUCAGUUCGAAUCCCCGCAACGGGGUGAGCUCCCGUUGCUCGGUCCCUGCUCCUGCCAACCUAGCAGUUCAAAAGCACAAAGUGCAAGUAGAUAAAUAGGUACCGCUCCGGCGGGAAGGUAAACGGUGUUUCCAUGCACUGCUCUGGUUUUGCUAGAAGCGGCUUAGUCAUGCUGGCCACAUGACCCGGAAGCUGUACGCUCGGCCAGUAAAGCAAGAUGAGCGGCGCAACCCCAGAGUCGGCCACGACUGGACCUAAUGGUCCUUUACAGGUGCCACAUCAUACCUAUUCGGCAUUUGUAGGAACUUGAUCAUUUAGUGUGGCAGCACCUGCACUUUGGAACUCCUUGCCUUUUAGCUUAAGCAGAUGCCUUAACUCUACUCUUUUUGGCACCCGCUAAAACAUUCCUGUUUAGACAAGCCGGUGCUUAGAAAAUUGAGGUAACUUUGAUCUUUUGAAUGUUUUAGAGUAGUGUUGUUAUUUUUUUCUUGAUUUUACUCUCUUUUGCAAGCCGCUUUGAGGGUUUGUUUGUUUGUUUACAAUCAAACAAUGUAUAAAUUUUAUGAAAUAAAAUAUAGUAAAAUUCCUUUUCUUUUCUUUUGCAUUUGCAUUUGUUUCAGUUCAGCAUAUGAUACCAAAACAAGGCAGAAGGUGGCAGUCAAGAAGCUUUCGAGACCUUUCCAGUCCCUUAUUCACGCCAGAAGAACCUACCGGGAGCUUAGAUUACUGAAGCACAUGAAACACGAAAACGUGAGUGGAACAGGCUGUGCGAAUUGCGAAUAAUCCAUCUAAUCAUUUAGUUUUAUUAAAAUGUUCAUCGGUUAGACACAACUAACUUCAUUAGGUUUUGGCAUACCUUAUCCCGUGCCGGGCUGCCAUUAUCCUUCAUUUUAGAUUUGAAACUGGUAAGUAGAGAUAGCGGUGCCACAUGCAUUUCUCCAGAUAAAAUAAAAACCCCUCUUCUUCUGUUUCAGGUUAUAGGAUUACUAGAUGUUUUCACACCUGCGGCGUCAAUAGAAAAUUUUAAUGAAGUGUAAGUAAAGUUUGACCUAAACUUGUUGGCAAGCUGCUAAGAUAAACGGCCAGCCCAAGUUAUGCAUGCCUAAGUCUUGUUUAUUUCUAUAGAAAGUAUGCGCUCACCUGUGUUCCGCUGACAUCUAUAGACUCUGAAAGCAGUAGCGGGCAGUGUUGGCGUUGUGGGGCUGCGUUGCUCGCCCAACCUUCCCGCAGCCGGAUUGUUUCAGUACAGUGGUACCUCCGGUUGCGAACAGGAUCUGUUCCGGAGGUCCGGCCGCAUCCCGAGGAAUUUGCAACAAGAGGUUCUGCGCAUGCGCGCACGGCGAAACCCGGAAAAAUACUUCCGGGUUUGCUGCAUUCAUAUCCCAAAGUUUACGUACCCAGAGGGCUAUGUAAGCGGAGGUACGACUGUACAGUGGUACCUCUGGAUGCGAACAGGAUCCGUUCCAGAGCCCCGUUCACAUCCUGAGUAGAACGUGAUUCGGCACUUCUGCGCAUGACAUCAGUUUGAGCGUCUGCGUGAGCGGCAAAACCCAGAAGUAACGCGUUCCGUUACUUCCAGGUCGUCGCGGAGCGUAACCUGAAAUCGCUCAACCUGAAGCAUAUUUAACCCGAGGUAUGACUGUAUACGGGAUGGAAAGGGGAAGGGCGAGGUGGCAGCGAGGUCAGUGCAGUGUAGCUGGGAUGCUGCCGCUAAGGCAUUUGCACAGCACCAACCUUGCCAUCACCUCACCUCUUCACAUCCCAUGAUUCUUCAGGAACCUGGCCUGUGGGAAGUCAGGUGAGCAACACAGCCGCUCUGAUGCAGCUGUCGUUCACUUCAUCUGAACCAGGGCUGGAGAAGGUGCUGUUUAAAAUGUACAGCAAGUACCUGCAGUGUGUGGUGUGUGUGUGUGCUUUGUAUGGGACAAGAAUGGGGAACCUUUGGAUCUUGGGACCUCAAGUCCCACCAGUCCAUUCAGCGUGGCCAGUUGCCAGGGAUGAUGGCAGUUGUUUUCCAACACCAUCUUCAGGGCAUCAGGCUUCCCAUACUCCAUAUAGACAGAACUAUUUACUGUGUCAUAACAAUGGUGACUAAGAACUGGCGCCUGAGCUCCCUCCCAGUCUUUUUCUUUUUGUGUUGUAUCUUUUAGAUUGUAAGCCUGAGGGCAGGGGGCAAGGACUAUUGAUCUUUGUAAGAUGCUCUAGGAGCCGCCUCCUCUACAGCAUGGAGUGUAACUGCUUUAAAUGAAUAAAGAUAGGAUAUUGAUCUCUUGCCUGUACGUUAUCUAGUGCUUGUGUAUUUAUUUGUUUAUUUUGGGGGAGUAUGUUACCCCAUGCUACUGUACUCACAGUAUCUGUAACCUCCUUGGCCUUCGUUGCUCAACUUUUGUACACUUGGCUUAAUCCUGCACUGAACUCUGUUGGUAGGAGCCAAAGUUUUGCUUCCUCCCGUGGGAAGUGUCAGAGGAAGGAAACGUUGGGUGCACUCCUGCGAUUCCAGAAACCUUACGCUGAGUUCAGUUUCCCUUAGCCACGGUUUGUGACAACCGAGUCUUCAUAUUUUUCCCAUUCCUCAGUUUUGUGACCAUAUAUAAUGCAUGGAAGUCACAUUCUUAGAAUCAUAGAAUCAUAGAGUUGGAAGAGACCACAAGGGCCAUCGAGUCCAACCCCCUGCCGAGCAGGAAACACCAUCAGAGCACUCCUGACAUAUGGUUGUCAAGCCUCUGCUUAAAGCAGUGGCGUAGCGUGGGUUGUCAGCACCCGGGGCAAGGCAAGUAAUUUGCGCCCCCUAACCCGUGGAUUUUAGCAGGGGGCAGAGAGCUGCGAGUGCGAGCGCCCCCCCCCCAGAUGUUGCGCCCGGUGCGGCCGGCCCCCCCUGCACCCCCCACGCUACGCCACUGGCUUAAAGACCUCCAAAGAAGGAGACUCCACCACACUCCUUGGCAGCAAAUUCCACUGUCGAACAGCUCUUACUGUCAGGAAGUUCUUCCUAAUGUUUAGGUGGAAUCUUCUUUCUUGUAGUUUGGAUCCUUGUAGUUUGGAUCUUACUUGUGUCUGGAAGCACGGCUUGUAGAGCCUCAGCAGGAAACCCUGUGUACCAGUUCUUUUCAAAGAAAAGCACUGAUACAGUAAAAAAAGACUUUAGAAGCAAUUGGAUGUCAUCUGAAUGCUUUGUAUUUACAGGUACCUUGUCACAAAUUUAAUGGGUGCUGACCUGAAUAACAUUGUGAAGUGCCAGAAACUGACAGACGACCAUAUACAGUUUCUUAUAUAUCAGUUACUUCGAGGGCUUAAGGUAAAACCCAUGGAGGGAGGGGGGAAAACAUACUCGAGCUGAAACACAGGAUGAAACAUCUCUUAAGAUAAUGCCUGCUGCUCAUGUUAUUUGUAUGUUCUUACUAUGUGUUCUACAAAAGCCUUGCCCAACAGAAAAUACUUCUUGGGUAAGCACUCAUAGGUUUUCCCAUAACUGCUUGUGUUUAAAACAACAUUUUAACCCCUAGUUAAUUGAUUUGAUCAACCUGUUCAGUUAUUCAAAAUAUUGGUUAAACACUGCAGCUCAGUGUGCCACACAGAUGUCAGCAGUGCUGAAAUCAUAAUUCGUGGAUUAAUGGGAUUUGUAAGUUCCUCUAUAAUUAGCACAUAUGUUUUAAGUUUUGCUGCUUUAGCGAAAAGAGAAAUGAUAGAAGAGGAGCCCUAUGUUACAAACAGUGUGUCUGGAAGGGCUUUUAAACUCACAAAAAUUACAGAUUGAAUUGCAAAACAUCAGCAGCCUUUCUUAUUGGUGCGUUUGCUCCUUAGGUACAUCACUGAACAUUUGCCACAUAGGUGGGAAUACAGGCUAACCUUUAUCUCUUUGUACUGUAGAAUAAAAACACCUGUCUGAGUGGAUGACAGCUAAUAGCUGUCAUUAAUCACUUGCGUUUGACUUUGUUGUCUGACCUCACCCAUUUUCUUUUUAUUUAACAGUAUAUUCAUUCGGCUGGAAUCAUUCACCGGGUACGUUGCACUGGGAAUAUAAUGCACUGUGAGCAUGUCAUUGGUUGGGCUUGCUGCUCUGAUAUAGUUGCAAGACUGUUUUUACCUCAUUUCAUUUUAGCCCCGUUUUAAUGCUCUUAACUUUUUUGUUCUGAUGCAGGACCUGAAGCCUAGUAACCUAGCUGUCAAUGAAGACUGUGAAUUAAGGGUAGGAUUCAUGCUAUUUUGAUUAUUUCGGUACGUUUUGAACCAAGACUGAAACAAGAGUGGUGCCUGUUGUCAUGCCAGCAUCUGUUAUUAAUGGUUGUUCUGGUACCGAGUAAAAAACUAAAUUGUAAACCCGACCAAUUUAAAACUGAUCAGGAAGCUCUCUGAAUAAAUGAGCAACUAUGGAAGUUUUGGUCCUGUCUUUAGGGCAAUAUUUCUACAGUAACUACUCACAAGAAGUGUUGUGUCCAUUUCAGGCCCUGGAUAACUAGAUGAAAUAGUAGGUGCUGCAGAUAUCAAGGAACUACUUGGAGUUCGGAACUAGCAUUUUAAAAAGGAAGAUGUGUAUUAGCUAACAGUGCAAUCCUUAUUCUGCUCCGAAAUAAGUCCUGUUCAAUGGGGUUUACUCCCAGAUAAUUUGUAUUUAGGAUUACAGGCUAAACUGUUACAUAGUAAUGGACACACCAACAGAGUGGGGCCAUCUCUGAGUCUCACUUGACAGUUUAUAAGACCUUAUUGUUCGUACUGGUGUUGCCCUAUUAGGGCUGCAGGUGGCGCUGUGGUCUAAACCACUGAGCCUCUUGGGCUUGCUGAUCCGAAGGUUGGCGGUUCGAACCUGCACAACGGGGUGAGCUCCCGUUUCUCUAUCCCAGCUCCUGCCAGCCUAGCAGUUCGAAAGCACACCAGUGCAAAUAGAUAAAUAGGUACCGCUGUGGCUGGAAGGUAAAGAGCGUUCCUGUGCGCUCUGGUUUCUGUCACAGUGUUCCGUUGUGCCAGAAAUGGUUUAGUCAUGCUGGCCACAUGACCCGGAAAGCUGUCUGUGGACAAACGCCGGCUCCCUUGGCCUGAAAGCGAGAUGAGCACCGCAACCCCAUCGUCGCCUUUGACUGGACUGAACCGUCCAGGGGUCCUUUACCUUUUACCUUUUUAGAUGCUCCUAUUUCUGAUUUUUUUCAAGUUAACAUAUCAUCCUACAUUGAGAAAUCCUGGUUAAUUAUAUUUAUAUCCUACUUUUCGUUCUGUAAAGCAAGAGAAGACAUCUUCUAUUUAUUUAUACAUUGUAGAUUUUUUAACUUGCUCUAUCCCAAUCAGUUUUAAGAAGAAAUGCAAACACAAAAUUGUUCAUGUAGUGUUCAAAGCAGCAGCUGACAAUGCCCAUUGAGUGGUUGUUACUCCACCUACCGUUACAACGCAACAUGAGAAAUGGUCUCACAGCCACCAGAAUUGCGCGCAGAGCCUGUGGCAAGGGAUGCUAUCCUUGCAAUACCCUCCUGCUAUGGGGACCUUAUCCUGGAUCGAAUCUAUAUUAUGAAGCAACCUGCAGACCACUGCUGAGAAAUCACAAUGAUCAAAACAAUAGAUGAAUCCCCUUCCAAUUAAACUGAAAUAUACAAAAAUUCCCCCUGACAAAGCCAAAGGAAACACCAGCCAAAAUUUAUUUUUAAAAAACCCCUGCUAUACUGUUUUCAGAAGCUGUUCUUAAUAAUUCAUCCUGAUUUGUUGAAGGGCGGGAUAUAAAUGUCCAAAGAAAUACAAAUGUUAAAGUUCUGGAUUUAGUGACUUCGGAAGAAAGCUCUCUUAACUGUGGAGCAUCUACCAAACACAUCCUUACUUGGUAAUAAUUGCUUUUUAUGAAUCUUUGGGAUAUCAGUGAGAUAUAAAAAAGGUGAUGUUUUCUAACAUAUGAGCCAGUUGAGUCUCAUUUGGCCCAAAUUUCAUUUCAUUUGCUGGCUAUUCAUUUGUGUGUAUAAAAUGUAAAUUUAUUUUAUCUCAAAAAUAAAUUAUUAGCUCAUGGGGAGGGGGAAUGAAAGCAUGCUGGUCUGUUUUAGAGAUGCAGACAAAAUUUUACCUAAUUAGUAUUUGUUCUGCUGUAUCCCUUAUUCUUAUUUGUGAGGUAAGCUCAGUAUAUCUUUAUAUGCCUGUUGCCUACACCCCCCAAAAAACCCCGUCUUCAUAUGUUCUGCUUCUGACGCCCAAUUUUUCCACCAAUAAUCAGAGCACAGAGAAUAUGUAUAAGGCCAUCUUGUGAUGAAUGGGAUGGAUUGUGUCUGCUGCUCAACCCUGUGCAGAUGAGCACUGCCUCAGGCAGUUUAUAAACAUGGGCGUAACCAGGCCUUUUUUUUCAGCUGGAACUCAGUUCCGGCACCUCUCAGGUGGGUGCCAUUGAACAAGAGUUCCAUUGUGAGUUCCAGCACCUCUUUUUCUAGAAACAUAUGAAUGGGAGUGAUCCUAUUGAAUUCUGUGGUUUGAAAAUAGCUACGGCUACACAUGGCUCACUCAUUUUGCAGGGGAGGUCAUGAAGGAAAGAAACCAUUUGGAAACUGUAUGAAAGCAGGCAGCGUCUUGUCCUCCCCCUUCUUUCCUGGCUGUUGUAAGGGUUUCCACACUUCUUAAAAAUCACUCAAAUACCUUCAGAGAUCCAAACCCAGUCCUUUCAUCAGCUGAUGGAUUGCAGCCCUUUAUGCAAUUUCAGGAGCGCCUUAUAAUUAAUGCCAAUAUUCCAAAUUAGUGAGGAACCACUCACAAAUCAUUCUGGAGACGGAGGUUCGUCCGUGGCAGGCACAUACUUCCCAGGUCACACCAGAUCUGCCUUUCAAGUUGGCAGAUAUGGGUUUAAGCGACACCGUGGGAUGCAGUGAACUCCCCAGAACCACCUAAGGGGCAUUUCCAGGAAUUUUACCUCAUACAUCCUGGCUUUCCACUGCCCAAACAGCUGCACUGCCCCAGAGUCCAGUGGAGCUCAACCAUCAUGAGUCAUGACGUCAGCCGGGAACCUACUUGAAAACAUUUGACUUGGCAUCAGUUGGUUUAUGGGAUGCACUUUUCAAAGUAUUUAGAUGUUCCCGAAUCCUUUCAGUCAGAGUACACUUCCUGAACGCUGAAGUCUAAUUGAAUGGUAAUUGACUUUGUGGAUUAUCCAAGUGCUCUUGAAAGUAUGACCCAAUCUCUCCGUGUAAUGGUUAUUUUUGUAUUGUGUGUGUGUUUUUUUUUAAAAAAAAAAAUUAGAAGAAGCUUUGAAUUAAUAGAAAAUGCUUUUAUUUUCAUCCCAGAUCCGCAACAGCAGUCCAGAGAAUUAUGACCUUCCGUGAGCAUAAGGCUUGAUGGGACUAUACUAUAAUAUGAGGGAGGGCCUUACGAUCUGAUCUUGCUGCUGCAAUGCAUUGAAAUGCUUAGGUUGAUACCUAUACCUUGGACAACACAGUUUUCCAGUGAAUGUAAAUCGCUGUGGCAGGAAGAUAUUUAGGAUGAUUUUUUUUUUACAUCAAGCCAUUGUCUUAAAGACGUCGGUCUCUAAGUCACGACAUGCUUAAGUCACAGGGCUUCUGAAUUAUCCCCUUAAUAUUCAUAGAAUAUUUUAAUGAGGCAGAUAAAAAGCUAAAUUAAGCCUGGCACAGUGAAUUCAUUACUGAUUAGAUUUCUGGAUCAAGUAUGCUCAAAAGAUUCUGAGUCAAAGAAACAAUGUUUCAGGCCUCUGCAUCUAUAACUAAGACAUACAAAACAGAUGUUUUUACCUGGUGCACUUAUGUCCUCGUUUCAUAGUCAAAGAAAGGAAAUAAUCCAUGAAUGACCCUAGUAAUGACCUUUAAAGCCCUAAACAGCCUCAGUCCAGUAUACCUGAAGGAGCGUCUCCACCCCCAUCAUUCAGCCCGGACACUGAGGUCCAACUCCGAGGGCCUUCUGGCAGUUCCCUCACUCUGAGAAGCGAAGUUACAGGGAACAAGGCAGAGGGCCUUCUCAGUAGUGGCACCUGCCCUGUAGAACGCCCUCCCACCAGAUGUCAAGGAAAUAAACAACUAUCUGACUUUUAGGAGACAUUUGAAGGCAGCCCGGUUUUAGAGAAGCUUUUAAUAUCUGAAGGACUAUUGUAUUUUAAUAUUUUGUUGGAAGCCGCCCAGAGUGGCUAUAUAUAAUAGACAAACAGUAGGAAAAGAGAAAUCUUACAAAGAUUUUAUUGAUCAUUGAUUUUAUAUCCUGCCCUUCCUCCCCAAGAAGCCCAGGGCGGCAAACAGAUACACAAUUUAGGAAGUGGGGGGAAGCAUUCUAAAGCAUUGUAAAAGCAAUUACAAUUAAAAGCCUCUAGUUACAGUUAAAAACAUUCUUCCAUUCUGUGAUCUUGGGGCUGCCAGGAGCAGCAUUCUUCAGCCACCAAAUACCUGGGUGAACAGGAAUGUUUUCAGAUUCCUCCUAAAAGUUAAUAAUGGGUAGAGACCGGCACACCUUACUAAUACUGGGUUAGUCUGAGAAAUAGCAGUUUAUGAGAAAUUAUAAUCAAAAUAAUGGAUAGAGAGCAUCACCUUCUGGUUUGUGCUGCCUGAUUUUAUGUGCAUGCUUUGUGUCACUGGCCGUCACACCCUGGGAGGAAAAGGUUGCCCUCAGGACGGACCAUAGCUCAGUGACUGAGUACGGUACAUGCUCUGUAUGUAAAGGGGACCCAGAGAGCUACUGCCCAUCGGAGUAGACUAGACUGAGAUAGAUGGAUCAAUAGUCUGAGCAGAUAUGAGGCAAUUUCCUAUAUACCUAAAUCCUGGGACACCUCCCUUUAUGCUUUAGGCAUAGGCAAACUCCGGCCCUCCAGAUGUUUUGGGACUACAACUCCCAUCAUCCCUAGCUAACAGGACCAGUGGUCAGGGAUGAUGGGAAUUGUAGUUCCAAAUCAUCUGGGGGGCCGGCGUUUCCCUCUGCAGUUUUGAUUGACUGAUGUGUGAAUCCUGAACCAGCUGCUGCCUCUAGCACCUUCCCAAAAUAUACCAAAAAUUCCCCUUCACCACUGUCACUGAUCUGCCAAGCUCCGUGUGUCAAUAUAAAUGCUCAGUUUUCUAGGUGACCUCGUAGUUGGUUCAUACUGACUUUAGGCCUCUUCUGACCAGCGAAGGAAAGAGAAACUAGCCAAAGGAGUCAACAACCUAGAAAGAGCCUAGGUGUUCCUCCUCACUUCUGGGUUCCAGUAAGAAGUGGCAGGGUUGCAUGAUUAUAUCUAGCAACAUCGCACAUUAUUUUUUCCCUCCAAAUGAUCCUGCUGUUUUCUAUGAUACACCUCAAGUUGGUUGUAGGAGAAUCUGUUUGGGUAGUAGAGAGAAAGCAGGAAAUCUCUAAUUGUUGGAACUGUGGGUUAGCUAUGGACCCGAUGUUUCUCUUGUUGGCUUAGAUGAGUCAUGAGAGCCAGAAGAAAGAUAGGUUUGACCAUUUAUAUAAUAAAAAUAAUGGGAAUUUCAUUAUUAUUAUUAUUCUGUAGAUUUUAGACUUUGGCUUAGCCCGGCAAACGGAUGAUGAAAUGACAGGUUAUGUAGCGACACGGUGGUACAGAGCCCCGGAAAUCAUGUUGAAUUGGAUGCAUUAUAAUCAAACAGGUAAGAUGGAGCGGGGAGGGAAUCUCCUUGUGUUGUGCUAUGAAAUAUGUACCUUAAGGGCUUGGAUGGGAAUACCUUUGUCAUGCAGAUUCUCCGCAACCCGGCAAAAAAGCCCCUUCUGAUUGGUUGUUUUGUGUUUUGGCAGUUGACAUUUGGUCAGUUGGAUGCAUCAUGGCAGAGCUGCUAAAAGGGAAGGCCCUUUUCCCUGGAAACGACUGUAUCCUUUCCCCCUACAAGUGCAAAUAUACUCUGGGUCUCGCACUGCUGGUGCCACAGAUAUGCUUUUAAAGCAGUGUUAGCCGUUUAACACACACACAAAAAAAAUGGUACAACAAACAUAUUAGUAAUCAUUAAAGUGACUGUUCCCCCCCCCCCACAGCUGGACGCGAUAAUGGUCAUAAAGAGUAACAAACAUUGUGUCCUUAAGCCACAGUAGGCUGCCUAAAAUCUUUGCUUUUCUAUGCUUCAUUUAAAUAAUGACCCAGAUACAAAAACAGCUUGAAAAAGACUGUGGUUGCUGGGCUGGAGAACAGAGAUGCUGAAAAGAUUCAUAGCUCCCUUGGAAAACACAGGGUAUCGGCCCAGAACGGCUGGGGAAAAUAAUACAAUUUUAUAUAUAUAUAAAUUAUUAUCCCUCUCUAAUUUAGCAGCACCCAGGACUAUCUGAAGACGAUCUGUUCUUUUCCCGUUUUGGAGCAUAUUGAAAGCAACCCGUUUGGGGACUUCCAACGCUGGUACCAACCAACAUAGGUGGGGUGAUGCAUCCCAGGUGCUGAGUUCACUUUUGAAUACAGAUUCCAUAGGCUUACAUUCUGUGUCCAUCGUUGUUUGAUGACUCAUGUUGGAAGCAUCACUUCCAGCAAGGUAACCAUAGGAACUGGCAGGCAGGUACCUUUAUAAGGAGAUGGAUUUGCAAACAACAAGACCCUGGGGAAAGCUUCCCCACUGCAGUUAUUAAUGGCACUGUUAGAGAAUGAAUCAUAGAAUCAUAGAGUUGGAAGAGACCACAAGGGCCAUCGUGUCCAACCCCCUGCCAAGCAGGAAACACCAGUGAUACAAGAGAUGAUGGCUUUGUUUCCCAAAGACCAUGGGUGGAUAAGGGCUCUCCUUAUUCAUUUGUGAAGAGGAAAGGGACAGUAUGUACUCACUGAAAACAAGGGCUUUGCCUUUCAAAGCCAACACUAGGAACUGUGCACACUCCUAGUGAAUCAUAGAAUCAUAGAGUUGGAAGAGACCACAAGGGCCAUCGAGUCCAACCCCCUGCCAAGCAGGAAACACCAUCAGAGCACUCCUGACAUAUGGUUGUCAAGCCUCUGCUUAAAGACCUCCAAAGAAGGAGACUCCACCACACUCCUUGGCAGCAAAUUCCACUGUCGAACAGCUCUUACUGUCAGGAAGUUCUUCCUAAUGUUUAGGUGGAAUCUUCUUUCUUGUAGUUUGGAUCCAUUGCUCCGUGUCCGCUUCUCUGGAGCAGCAGAAAACAACCUUUCUCCCUCCUCUAUGUGACAUCCUUUUAUAUAUUUGAACAUGGCUAUCAUAUCACCCCUUAACCUCCUCUUCUCCAGGCUAAACACGCCCAGCUCCCUUAGCCAUUCCUCAUAAGGCAUCGUUUCCAGGCCUUUGACCAUUUUGGUUGCCCUCCUCUGGACACGUUCCAGUUUGUCAGUGUCCUUCUUGAACUGUGGUGCCCAGAACUGGACACAGUACUCCAGGUGAGGUCUGACCAGAGCAGAAUACAGUGGCACUAUUACUUCCCUUGAUCUAGAUGCUAUACUCCUAUUGAUGCAGCCCAGAAUUGCAUUGGCUUUUUUAGCUGCCGCGUCACACUGUUGGCUCAUGUCAACUUUGUGGUCAACCAAGACUCCUAGAUCCUUUUCACGUGUACUGCUCUCAAGCCAGGUGUCACCCAUCUUGUAUUUGUGCCUCUCAUUUUUUUUUUUUGCCCAAGUGCAAUACUUUACAUUUCUCCCUGUUAAAAUUCAUCUUGUUUGUUUUUGCCCAGUUCUCUAAUCUGUCAAGGUCGUUUUGAAGUGUGAUCCUGUCCUCUGGGGUGUUAGCCACCCCUCCCAGUUUGGUGUCAUCAGCAAAUUUGAUCAGGAUGCCCUUGAGUCCAUCAUCCAAGUCGUUGAUAAAGAUGUUGAAUACGACCGGGCCCAAGACAGAACCCUGUGGUACCCCACUAGUCACUCUUCUCCAGGAUGAAGAGGAACGACUUGGACUACUGUCAUAAUAAACCACACUCUGUAGGCUUAGAAGUGUGAGGGCUUUCAGCUUUGGCAGAAUGGAUAGUUGGGUGAUUCCUUUUAUCUUCUAGAGCUGCCUUUCUCAACCUGUGGGUCCCCAGAUGUUGUUGAACUACAACUCCCAUCACCCCUAGCUAGCAAGGCCAGAGCUCAGGGGUGAUGGGAGUUGUAGUUGAGAACCGCUGUUCUAGAGAGUUUCUAAUAUAUAUAACAGAGAGAGAGAGAGGGAGAGUUGUACCUUGGAAGUCAAACGGAAUCCGUUCCGGAAAUCUGUUCGACUUCCAAAACAUUCGAAAACCAAAUCAUGGCUUUUGUUGGCUGCAGGAAGCUCCUGCAACCAAUCAGAAGUCGCGAAAGCCCUGUCGGACAUUCAGAUUCCAAAAGAGUGUUUGGAAACCAGAACAAUCACUUCCGGGUUUGCGGCGUUCCGAGUUCCAGGGCGUUUGGGAGCCAAGGUACAACUGUAUGGGUAGGCUGUGAUAUAUGCUGAAAUAUAUCAAUCACGGCCUACCCAUACAAUGAUAAGCUUUGUUUGGUAUUUGAUGAUGGAUCACACUCUCAUAACAACCAAAUCUGAGAUUUCUACUAAACUCUUAUCAUUUCCUAAAAAGACCAAUGGAUCAUUCAGCUAAUAUAGCCGAGGACUUAAAGACAUAUACUGUAUAACUCUGUUUCAGUUUCCAUUGUCUGGUGAAGAAUAAGACUGCACUUUGUCUGCAAAGAGCUUUAUGGCAUAAGAAAAGUCUACUUCUCUAAACUUCCACCAUUAGAUAACGGAGUAGAUUAAGCAGAGGUUGGACACGGGUUUGGCAAUUUAUGUAAGCAAGCGGCUCAUCUGCUAUUUCCCCACGUUUCCUGUAGCUUUCUUAAAUUUGUACAGAUAUUGACCAGCUGAAACGAAUAAUGGAAGUGGUUGGUACACCCAGUUCUGAACUUCUCAAGAAAAUCUCAUCAGAGCAUGUAAGUGCAAUGUUUCACUAAGAAUAAUCAUUGAGAUCUAUUUGCUGUCUCAUGUUGGUUUCCUGAGUUGUACAGGAACAAAAUGUUUUCAAUUUACGAAGCUUUUUAAAGCAGUUAAUGGUAAUCAUGUGUGAGCGGUGAAUUUUAGAAUGUUAAAAGAUACUAGGUGUUUUUAAUACAAUCCCAUUGUGGAUUUGGGAUGCGGGUGGCGCUGUGGGUUAAACCACAGAGCCUAGGACUUGCCGAUAAGAAGGUCGGCGGUUCAAAUCCCCACGACGGACUGAGCUCCCGUUGCUCGGUCCCUGCUCCUGCCAACCUCGCAGUUCGAAAGCACGUCAAAGUGCAAGUAGAUAAAUAGGUACCGCUCCAGCGGGAAGGUAAACGGUGUUUCCGUUCACUGCUCUGGUUCGCCGGAAGCGUCUUAGUCAUGCUGGCCAUAUGACCCAGAAGCUGUCUGCAGACAAACGCCGGCUCCCUCGGCCAAUAAAGCGAGAUGAGCGCCGCAACCCCAGAGUCGGCCACGACUGGACCUAAUGGUCUGGGGUCCCCUUUAUUGUGGGUUUGUGAAGAAAAGGAGAUCCACAGCUUUUGGUUUGUAGGCAACGUAAUCUAAGCAACCUAUGAAAGACAAGUGAAUGGGGAAGCCAUAGCAAACACAUAAUAUAGAUGCCAUUUUCUAAGCAUGGUUAGAAUGUAUACAUGGUUGCUUAUUCCAGGGGGGUAUCUAGAUUAGGGGCAAAAAAACAGAGAGAAAAGCAUAUUUUUAAGAACUAAAAAUAUUAUCAUGGCAUAAGAUUUUGUGGACUUGAACCCAUGACAUUGCAUUCAAUAGGCAGAUUACAUACAACGUAAACCAUUGACAAAUGCAGUCGCUGGAGAUAAUACUUUCUUGCUAUGCUGUGUUAAUUUAACACCUGUAGUGGGAAAGAAGCACACAGUCCUGAUGAAGUCCAAUUCGAAUAAGACUGAAUUUGCUGAUAAAUUCUAGUUUAUAAAUGUUAUGCUAUAGUCUCCUUUUGAAGCCUUUUAUGGUGAAGUAUGGUGAUUUUGAGGUUAGCAUGUCCCAGGAGACUGAAACAUUGGCAACAUUCAGAAAUUAGUGGGAUAUUAUUAAUGCCAUCGUUGUGUCCAUUUAUUCUCUUGCAUAGAAAUUGAUAUGAGGCUGAAAGGUGUAGCGUAUAUAAUGUUGGAGAAUGUAUGUGUAAUGAAUCCCUGGUGGUAUGGUUAAUGUUUUUGGGUCCUACAGGUAGUUUUGUAGGAGUAGAUUGUCAGGAAAGUGUGGAUUGCUGCAGGCAUGACCCUGGUUUGUAUCAUUGUUGGGUGGUCCAUUGUUGGUUGUGAGUCUCUAAAUGACAACAGACCCAUCAGACAAGGUAAAGGUAAAGGACCCCUGAUAGUUAAGUCCACUCGCAGACAACUCUGGAGUUGCGGCGCUCAUCUCACUUUACAAGCCGAGUGAGCUGAUGUUUGUCCACAGUUUUUCCAGGUCAUGUGGCCAGCAUGACUAAGCCGCUUCUGGCGCAAUAGAACAUCAAAACCAGAGCAGCACACGGAAAUGCCGUUUACCUUCCUACUGGAGUGGUACCUAUUUAUCUACUUGCACUUUUUGGCAUGCCUUCAAACUGCUAGGUUGGCAGGAGCUGGGACAGAGCAACGGGAGUUCACCCCGUCGCAGGGAUUCGAACCACCGACCUUCUGAUCGGCAAGCCCAAGAGGCUCAGUGGUUUAGACCACAGCGCACUCUUAGAAAAAAGGAUCAUUGUCCACAAUUAGCUGUAGAUUAUUUUAGUAAUUUAUGCCACAACUGUAGAAACACUGGUUUGCACGUCACACUAAGCCAAACCAUGGUUUAGUUAGUGCAACCACAUGCAGGCUCCCACAAGAGGUCAUGGUCGCAUUGUCACAGGCAUUUUUGCUGUUGACACCAUGCAUUGAUCUAAACUAUGGCUGAAACCUGGAAUCAUCAUAUAGCGCCUUCUAGUUGUAACCAAGGUUUGACUUAAUGUGACAUGCAAAGCAAGCCACUAAGUUUAUCACCGUCUCUGUUCUAUGUGUUUUCAAUGGGAAUCCUGGGGAACUUGUGCUAUUUAAUAUACCGUAUUUUUCCGUGUAUAAGACUAGGGUUUUUUCCUUUAAAAUAAUGUCAAAAAUUUGGGGGUGUCUUAUAGAUGGGGGUGUCUUAUAGACGGGAAAAUACCAUACUCUGUUUUGACACAGAACGCGGGGGCAUUGAAAUCACUCUCCUUCCCCAACUACUGCUCCCUGGGUGAUUGCUCAAACGAUACUUUUGGAUGAUUCUCAUCCCACUCCAUGCCUCUACAAAGCUGAAUCUAUUUAAUACACAGCAACUGGAAAUGGCAUCUUUAAAAUAUUCAGCAGAAUUACAAGAGGGCACACGAGAACAGUCUAAGUCAAAUAUGUCUCUGUGUUUAGUUAAAGACUUGCCGGUAGCAUUUUUGGAAUAAAUGCCUGUUUUGCAAAUUACACACUUAAAUGCCAUUAAACAUAUUGGGUGAGAUUAAAUGGAUAAUUGAAAGAUUAUAAUAGUAGUGAGAUUAAAGGGGGCAGUUGAGGGAUUCAUUAUCUACCCAUUUUGUGAACAAAUAAUGAUGGCAAGCAAUGAAAAGUAUGGCUGUUAAUUAGGAUGCCGUGAUAGUGGCUUUGUUAUAAAAAGCAUAAAAAACGUUAAGGAGAGAAAUUAAAACUUGCAGGUACUUAGAAAAAUGCCCAAGCCAAUAACAUGAGAGUAUUGUUGUCUCCUUGCAUGUUUUUAACUCAAAUGUACGUCAUUAAUUCCUGAUGAAGAACUACCCCCAUCUUCAGGUUGAAUCCUGACAAGACAGAAGUAUUGUUUUGGGGGGACAGGGGAUGGGCGAGUGUGGGGAACUCCCUGGUCCUGAAUGGGAUAAAUGUGCCCCUGAAGGACCAGGUGCGCAGCCUGGGAGUCAUUCUGGACUCACAGCUGUCCAUGGAGGCACAGGUCAAUUCUGUGUCCAGGGCGGCUGUCUACCAGCUCCAUCUGGUACAUGGGCUGAGACCCUACCUGCCCACAGACUGCCUCGCCAGAAUGGUGCAUGCUCUAGUUAUCUCUCGCUUGGACCACUGCAAUGCGCUCUAUGUGGGACUACCUUUGACGGUGACCUGGAAACUACAACUAAUCCAGAAUGUGGCAGCUAGACUGGUGACUGGGAGUAGCUGCCGAGACCAUAUAACACCAGUCCUGAAAGACCUUCAUUGGCUCCCAGUACGUUUCUGAGCACAAUUCAAAGUUUUGGCGCUGACCUUUAAAACCCUAAAUGGCCUCGGCUCAGUAUACCUGAAGGAGUGUCUCCACCCCCAUCGUUCUGCCUAGCUCUGAGGGCCUUCUGGUGGUUCCCUCACUGCAAGAAGUGAGGUUACAGGGAACCAGGCAGAGGACCUUCUCGGUAGUGGGGCCCACCCUGUGGAACACCCUCCCAUCAGAUGUCCAGGAAAUACACAACUAUCUGGCUUUUAGAAGACAUCUGAAAUCAGCCCUGUUUAGAGAAGCUUUUAAUAUUUGAUCUUUUAUCGUGUUUUUAAUAUUCUGUUGGGAGCCUCCCAGAUUUCCCUAUUCCUCGAUAGGGAAUUACAAAAGUUAUUACUUUAGGUUUUCUGUUCUUCCUGUUUCUCUGUUGUACUCUGAGCUGCUCUUGGUUGCUUGGCCAUAUCCUUCCCCAAUCAUAGCAGUCUCUGACCAUUUCCUGAGGUGUUUCUGGUGAUGUUCCCAGAAUGCCAAUUAUAAGUGUUCUGGGUUCUGAAGAAGGGUGCAUGUGGAGACUUGCAAGUAAGUUAGUCAAACACUUAAGGUAAAGGGAUCCCUGACCGUUAAAUCCAGUCGCGGACAACUCUGGGGUCACAGUGCUCAUCUCACUUUACUAGCUGAGGGAGCCGGCGUUUGUCCGCAGACAGUUUUUCCGGGUCGUGUGGCCAGCAUGACUAAGCCACUUCUGGCAAACCAGAACAGCGCACGGAAACGCCGUUUACCUUCCCGCAGGAGCGGUACCUAUUUAUCUAUUUGCACUUUGAUGUGCUUUCAAAGUGCUAGGUGGGCAGAGGCUGGGACUGAGCAUUGGGAGCUCACCCCGUUGCCAGGAUUCGAACCGCAAGCCCUAGGCUCUGCGGUUUAGACCACAGUGCCACCCACGUCAAACACUUGCUGUGUAGUAAAUCCCAAAGUCCUAUUAAAAGGCAAACUCUCUUUUCAAAUGCACCUAACGAAUGUAGUUAUUUGCUUUUAAUGAAAGCAGCUUCAGGAGGCUGUAAUUUUCAGCUCAUGAGAGUGGCAUGGGUGUGGUAAUGUCUGACCUGAAUGAUUUUUCAUAUGAAAAACGGAAGUGAGCAGGAAAACAUGGAAUAGACAAUAAUGAAUAUAAUUGGCCAAAAAAUACAGUUUAGGUUUCAAAGUGUGUAUGAGCAAGAAUGUCACUUCUGCCCUUUUUAUUGCUGUGACAGUACAUUUUGACAUUUCUGAUGCCUGUUAAAGCGAUGAUGACUGCGUGAUUCAUAUGGUUGCCACUGGGAAUAGAGGAUAUGACACCUCUUUGCUGAUCGCUGCUUUUCUAGUUCACCUUAUAGACCUGUGGAGAUUCUGCAGUCAUGUAUUUAACAAGGUGGUUUUUUUAUAUUCCUUGAGGGUCACUCAGGGCAGUCCCUCAGGUACACUGCUGAGUCCAGACUUCACUCAAAAUACCUGCCGUGUCCACCUGCUGUCUUAUAGAGAGCAUUAGGACUAUCCCUUUAUAUUUGUGCAUUUACAUUAGCUAUGUGGGCUCAGGUGUGUUUAGCUUUGGAAUCCACCCAGGCCAGAACACAGACAGUUAGAACUUCAGAAUAUAUGUGAGAAUGCAAACAUAUAUGCAAUUAAGGUAACAUUCAAAACAAGUAGUCAUUAUAGGCAGAGUUCUAAUUUCCUAACUCACUAGCUUAAGUUUCAUAACAGGGGUCUGAUACUUCGACAUAUACUUUCAUUAUCUCUCUCAUCUUAUUCCCCUCCCCCCACACACCCAGAUACACUAUCAUUUCUCAGCAACACUACCAGUUACCCCCUAAUAUCAACCAUCCUUCCACUUAAUUCUUCUGUCACAGGGUUAGACUAGGGCUUCAAUAGCAUCUGAUUUACACCCAUGUUUAGCAGAGGUGAGAUGGAUGAAGAGAGCUAACCAAAAAAAGUGGUUUGCCUCUCAUCUUCGAGUUGCAAUUUUAUUAACUCUCUAUCUUACAGAUUGAUAUCUAUAAACCUUGCAAAUAUUCAGGGAUGGCUGGUUGUGUUGAAAUGCCAUUAUUUUUUAUGCCUAGGCACCAAAGGAGUUGUGUGUAUUGAUUCCCCAAGGGUGAAUAUAUAUAUUUUUUACCAAAAACCUAAAUACGUGCAUCCACCUUCCUUUAUUGCAGGCCAGAAAGUACAUAGAAUCUCUACCACACAUGCCUCAACAGGAUCUGAAAGCAGUAUUUCGUGGAGCCAACCCAUUAGGUAUGAACUUGGAGGUUUUAGUAUUUACUGUUCUUGUUUUGCACAGGUACAGUCUGCUCAGGUAGAAAAUGUAUGGUGCUGUCAAUUUUUCAAACGUCUUCAGUCUCGUAUAAGGGUGGAGAACCUCAACCCAAGAGGCUAUCUCUUAACUAGCCAUCGUGUCUCUUCUAAGCCGUGCUCUGCCCUGCAUCCUUCUUGAGAGCUUUUGCCUGGCUAGAAUGUGAAUGUGAUAAUACCUUUUGCUUACCAGAAUGGUAACACCUGAGUUUUGCAUGGCUGAAAUGUAGCCUGCUGUACAAAGGUAAUACAUGCCUCCAUUGUUCUGUCCCCUUUUGCCUCUUGCCUCACCUGCCUCUGGAAGGUUCUCCAUGAAGGAUCCUUGGACCGUAUCCCUAGUCUAAUACAGUGGACACUCGGGUUGUGAAUGUGAUCCAUGCGGGAUGCACAUUCUCAACCCACAGCGUUCGCACCCCAAGUCUGUGCACGCGCGGGUUGCGAUUCAGCGCGUCUGCGCAUGUGCGACUGCCGAAACCCGGAACCCAUUCCAGUACUUCUGGGUUUCGGCAGUCCGCAACCUGAAAAAACUCAACCUGAAGCGGACGCAACAUGAGGUAUGACUACUAGGACUAGCAACAGAAGUACUGCACAAGGCACUGAAUAAUUCUUUUUUAAAAAAUGAAUUUUCCAUCCAAUGCCUGCCUUUUUAACACAAUAUCACAGCCUUUCUGUGGUUGUCCGGAAGCUUAACUGCAUGUAACUACCUAAAAAUGCAUUUUCAGGAACUGUAAGUUAGCUUGUAAGCAACUACUAUGUAGCUCCUGGUUAUCCGACUCUAUCCUUCUGCUUGUUACCAGAAUGGCAGUAUAUAUAUCAUCAGUCUAUGGUUCAAUAUUUAUUGUUUUUUGUUUGCCUGAAGGCCUGUAGAGUGGACUGGGUUAGCAAAUCUUUCCCCCCUCCUCCUUCCCUAGCCCCUCUCUUUUUCAACAUACACCAGCACAAAAGCCCUGGAUGGUGAAUGUGUGUGUACUUACUAUAGUAGUAAGUUGUGCUAUAUAUUCCACCCCCUCCUUGAGGAUCUCCACCCUCUUGCCCAACACCCUUCCUUGCCUUUACAGCACUUUCACAGAUCAGCAGUUGCGAAGGGAGCAGAAUUGAUCGUGCGGGACUUAAAUGCAGCCUUGGUAUGGGGAUCAGAUUGUGUAUUGCAUAAGCUGUCGGUCUGACUUCCUGCUUUUCAGCCGAAACGUUGCCCAAGGUUACUCAUGGAUCUCUUAAUUCAAAGUCUAAGGUCUCCCUGUUUACCCUUAGCACAUAGCAGUCUGGUUCAAGGCACUCUCAAACCCUGUAGCAUUCAGAAUUGCUAAGCUAAUGGCAACCAGAUGUCACAAACCACCUGAGAUUACCACAGCAAAUAAGGUGCUUGCCACUAGACAGCACUUAAUAUUGGCUGUGAUCAUGCUAGUUAUUAAUUAGUAAUUAAUAAGCUGUGAGCGUGCUGGUAAUUAAAUGAUGUUUUAUACGUUUUGUAUGUAGAAACUUAACUCAGCCAAGCAUCAAUUAUCUAGCAUGCCUGUGUAAAUAUAUCGUUAUUUUCUUUCUUUAAAAUAUACACAAACAGGGAUCUGUUAUUUUCUUUUCAUCAUGGUUCAUCUGUAAUUUCAUGCUUGACUGUUUGCGUUUUGUGCCUGGGAACUGAUUCCCAGACACAAAAUGCUUUGUGCAAAGUGGUACCAAAUAAACAUGUUUAUAAUGCUAUAUUUUCCUUUGGUUAAUUUUUUAAAAAUAAAUAUUUUGCAACUUUGAGAUUAGGUUGUGGAAGGCAUGCAACAUUUUACUCAAGAUAUUUCAGUUUUCCUGAUGAUGGUGGUAAAGUGAAUUUUGGAUUUUCUUUUCUUUUAAUCCUAGCUGUAGAUCUUCUUGAGAAAAUGCUUAUACUGGAUAGCGAUAAAAGAAUAACAGCAUCAGAAGCACUUGCGCAUCCUUACUUUGUACAAUACCACGAUCCUGAUGAUGAACCUGAGGCAGAACUGUAUGAUGAAUCAAUAGAGAAUAAAGAACGGAUUAUAGAUGAAUGGAAAGGUAAAGAAGUCUGUCGUUCUGCAGUUGACAUGCAGAGCAACCCCCACCCCAGAUUCUAGAAGACCAAAGAAAAUUGGGUUUUUAGACAAUUUUUACAGAACUCUUUGAUUCCAUUUUUAGGACUUCAUAAGGAAAUAAAAUCUCUUUGCCUGGUUUUGCUCAGUUAUCAGUGACUUGAGGGGAUUUCUAUUUUUUUGUUUAUUUUGGUUAAGCUUUAUUUUGAAAUGUAAAGAAGGGAAAGCCAUUUGUUCAGAACUUGCAAACAUUUGAUAGGAACUGGCCCCGGCAUGUACAUUGUGAACUAUGGGACCUGUAGCUUCUUGCUAGAAUUACUUCAGAUGUUUGCUUUAACCUCAGCCACUGGAUGUUAACAACAUCUUAAGAUAUAUAGUCUCAUUUCUGCUCAAGGCUAAAGUGACAAAGAAUAUCCCUUGCUAGCAAAACAUGUUGCCUGUGACAUUAUUUAAACAGAGUAAGGCUCUCACUGGGACCUUGAAGUUUUAAAUAAUGCCACGGGCAACAUUCUUUUUUUUGCUAGCAAGGGAUAUUGUUUCAGGUUUAAGAAGUGAAUGAAGACCAGCACCCGAAAAUUACAUAAACACGCAACUCGCUUUGUGCAAAAUAUCCUAUGCUAACAGCGUUCAGAAGCCUCUCUGAAGGGUUGAAAGAACCCCUCAGCAAUGUGGGAUGGAGAGUCGGAAAAUGGAGGGCAGGAUUUAUUGUCUGAAAUUUGACAUGAGCCCUAAUACAACAUUCAAGUUAACAGAAGCUUCCUGUUCCACCUUUGUUCCUUUCUGAUGAGCCUUCCGCACCCUAUCUCCAGAGAGCAUUUUCAGGGGAUGCAGUAAAAUUUAUUUCCAUGAACUUCCGCCUUAUGUUCGGGUUCUAGCCUGUGUUCUUUUAUUGUGUUGCGUGCUCAACACAUAGGGCAUCACCUUCAACUCCCCCAGUGUUUCCCAAACUUGGGUCUCCAGCUGCUUUUGGACUACAGUUCCCAUCAUCCUUGACCACUGGUCUUACCAGCUAGGGAUGAUGGGAGUUGUAGUCCAAAAACAGCUGGUGACCCAAGUCUGGGAAACACUGAUACACACACAUUCCAAUUUGAUUUUUCCUCUUUUGACUGCUGAGUCAAGAGACAAUUCCACCUGCACUCUAGUUAGGUGCAGGGAUCUGAACACCGACUUGCUGCUUGCUACCAGUGUAUUCAGAUACUUUCUUCUUACUUGGUGGAGUUUAAACACUUGCACCCUUUCAUUUAGCAGCCUGAACUUAUGCAUGUUUAUUUGGAAGUGAGUCCCACUGAGUUCAAUACUGCUUGCUCCCAAGUAAGUGUGCAUAACAAAUCUCUCAAUGUACCCUGUGGCCCAAUUAAAAGAAUUUUAAGUCAGCUAAAAAAGCCAAUGCAAUUCUGGGCUGCAUCAGUAGGAGUAUAGCAUCUAGAUCUAGGGAAGUAAUAGUGCCACUGUAUUCUGCUCUGGUCAGACCUCACCUGGAGUACUGUGUCCAGUUCUGGGCACCACAGUUCAAGAAGGACACUGACAAACUGGAACGUGUCCAGAGGAGGGCAACCAAAAUGGUCAAAGGCCUGGAAACGAUGCCUUAUGAGGAACGGCUAAGGGAGCUGGGCAUGUUUAGCCUGGAGAAGAGGUGGUUAAGGGGUGAUAUGAUAGCCAUGUUCAAAUAUAUAAAAGGAUGUCACAUAGAGGAGGGAGAAAGGUUGUUUUCUGCUGCUCCAGAGAAGCGGACACAGAGCAAUGGAUCCAAACUACAAGAAAGAAGAUUCCACCUAAACAUUAGGAAGAACUUCCUGACAGUAAGAGCUGUUUGACAGUGGAAUUUGCUGCCAAGGAGUGUGGUGGAGUCUCCUUCUUUGGAGGUCUUUAAGCAGAGGCUUGACAACCAUAUGUCAGGAGUGCUCUGAUGGUGUUUCCUGCUUGGCAGGGGGUUGGACUCGAUGGCCCUUGUGGUCUCUUCCAACUCUAUGAUUCUAUGAUUCUAUGAUUCUAAGUCAAUGCACACAUGUGUGCUAUGGAAAUACUUUAGCUGAGAGAUUUUUGUGGCGUAUUUUCCACAACUUGAUGGUGAUGGUGGUCCUUAUCCACCAAUCUGGGAUAAGAUAGCCUGCCCAGUUGCAUAGCUAGGGAGUCCACCUUCUGCUAGACCAGACUUCCUCAACCUCGGCCCUCCAGAUGUUUUUGAGAAUACAAUUCCCAUCAUCCCUGACCACUGGUCCUUCUAGCUAGGCAUCAUGGGAGUUGUAGGCCAAAAACAUCUGGAGGGCCGAAGUUGAGGAAGCCUAUGCUAGUCUUUACAAAAUAACCUCAUAACAAAUUACCAUUCACUGGGUGGGGGUGGGGGGUGGGAAUGUGUAUUCACACCGUGAGAAAGAGGUUCUUUGUUACACACUAAUUCACCCCCACACACACACUGCCUAUCAACAUUUAUUUCUGUAAAAUGCAGUAACCUCCCUUUCUUUAAAUAAUAGACAACCCUUGGUUUAAAGAGGCAGAGGACACAGUUGUAUUUCCCCCCCUACCACUUGAAAUGUUGAGGCAAGCUGGUUUUAUUAUUAUUCGCAUGCACUUCACCCAAAGACGGGUAUUAUAUAAGGAAUGUUUCAGUGAAAUGCCUUCUAGCAAAACUCACAAAGAAAAGCAGAAGUGAAAUCCUUACAUACACUGGGCUUUCGAUUUUAGAAAGAUACGUUGUUUUCCCAGAGAUUGUUGCUGUGAUGUGGCCAACCAUCAUCAAUCAUAACACUUUUUGAUUCUUUCUCUCUUAAGUUUCGAUUUUAAAAAUGUCUGUUUUAGUUUCAUAAAAGCUUUCGCUCCAUGUUUUACAGGUUUUGUACUGUAUUCCACCAUAAACCAUCUUAAAGUUGUAGAAGCAAUGUUUUGAAAUUUAAAGUGUUUCAAACUAUGUUAGCAUUAGUUCUCAUCAGCAUCCAGAUGCUAAGAUUUCCCCCUAGAGCUGCCUUAUCUGGUUCUUUCAGAAGAACUGGGUGGGCUUUUAAUUUAAUUUAUAAGUAUAGUAAUGUCACUAACAUAAGAUCUACUGAUCUUAACACCUAAGUGGGUGAGGGGGGGAAGAGAUUAUUGCUCAGUUUUGUGGGGUGGGGCUACAUUAUUUAGGACUUUAAACACUACUACAAGUACCUUGAUUUUGACCCAGAAACCAGUUGUUGUUCUUUUAAUACUACAUCUCAUCUCCAUCACCUCCACCAUGCCUGAGUGUGAGAGAGACCAUUUUUCUACGCUCGGCUGUUCUAUUUUAAUUUAAGCAGUGUCCGUCUGUGUGCAAGCAGAACGUUAAAGUUUUGCAUCCAUGAGAUCAUUCAAACUAAAUAGCCAGACAGGUAGGUACUUUCAUUCAAAUUUAAGGAAAGUUUCUGUAGUUGAUAUGUCCGUGUCAAUGUGGGGAAAUUGUGUUAUUUUGUAUCCUGGGCAAACUAGUCAGAUGACACUGUGUGUUCCUGAUAUGGACUGUGCAUUCCAAUUUUUUUAUUUUAAAAAGCAAGACUUCAGUUCAUUAGGAGUUAGGAUCCUUACACAGAUGGGGAAAUGUAUUUAAACGGUCAUCAGCAAAACAUGCAGAAAUCUGUCUACUGGAGCUGAUUGUUUUCCUGCAGAGUUGGGUCAUUCAUCCUCAGUGCUAGAGAAAAAUGUCUUUUUAGGGAUUUUAUAGCCAUGGUUUGUUACAGUACAGUAGUCAGCACAGCCUAUCCUUCAGUAUAUAGUUAUUGGCACAGCAAAUCUGAGGUUCAGGUUCUUGGUAUAUUAAAUGUGUGUGUGUGUGUGUGUGUGUGUGUGUGUGUGUGUGUUGAGAAAGCGAACAACCACAGACAUUUCCUGGAAUAUGUGUGUUCCUUCUGCCGUCAAUGCCCUGAUGCAUAUCUAAAUUACUAAUAUUUCAUAUUCACUUUGGUUGUUUUUUUCUCUCUCUUUCUCUCAUUCAAGAACUUACAUAUGAAGAAGUGAUCAGCUUCAAACCACCCGAUUUAAAGAUGGAUAGCCUUGAAAUUGAACAAUAAAUCCAGAACCUUAUCCUUUUUUUUGCCAUGCUGUACUAUGAAGACUAUUAAACGGAUUGCAUUGCAAUUUAAUUUCAUAUACCACAAGCGUAGAUUUUACUAUCCAAAGAUCUUGGAAAAGCUAUGGGAAAGCAGAUAAAUAGCGCUGAAGGAAAAUGUAUCCGGGGUGUGUUUUGCCUUGUACUACGAAUGUAAUAAUUACAGAACAUUAAGAACUGCUUCAUUAUGACAAAUGAUGCACUGAGGGUUUGUUUUUUUACAAAAAAAAACUGUGUCUUCUCUGCAUGUCUCAUUCUAUUGGUUGUGAUGCCAAAAACGGUGAUUUUAAUAUUAUUUUGAGGUUGUACAGUUAAAGCAUGAAUGUAUGUUGAAACAAAAAUAGAAGCCCAUACAAGCAAUUUAUUAUUUUUAAGAGUUACCUUAAUUCUAUGUUGUGUUAUGUUUAUUUUAUUUUUUAAUUUAUAGAUAGUGCCUUUAGGAGAAGGGGCCACUGUAGUAAGUUAGUCAUAAUAGAUACCUGUAGUGGUUUUCAUGACCAUGCUAAGAAUUUCUGGAGUGAUUGACCGACAGUUGGAAGUUAGAGAGUCAGAUCAUUGUUUUGUCAUUAGAGUUUGCCGUCAUUUUUCCUAUAGUUGUAGAAAACUGCAGAGCACAGUUUUACUAGUGAUCUAGCCCUAAAAUGGUCCACUGUGUCAAGUUCUAAUGAGUGGAAUUUAUCGCACACAUUUGAGUUCUUUGAAGAUCUAGCUCCCCACUAGAGCACUUUCUCUGUAAUUUUGGAGUGCCUGUUCCUCCCCUGUCAAUAAACUGUUUUGAAAACAAAA